AUGGCCCUGCUUACCAACGGCGCGCAGAAUCUGGGCUCCUACUUCUGCCUGAUCCGACGCAGGUUCAAGAGGAGGCGCAAGAAACGCUCGGAGCGCAAAGGUAACGCUGACGGCAGCAGCUCAGACGCAGAGUGGUGCUGAGCCGGCUUCUUGUGGACUUUGUUAUGUUUGUACUCUAGUAGGAGAGCGGAGCUGUGCACUUGUUGUUAUGUGUGUCAAGUUUAAAGUUGUAAAACUGCGCCUACAGGCUUCUGCGGGAUGUGUUUCUACAGUAUGUGCAAACACAGAAGCUGCUUUAUGGUUCAAACUCUUCAGACUCAGCAGUUUGUGAUAAAUGAUCGCCAUGAGACUUGGAUGCUUAAGAUGAGAUUAUCUGUAGUCUACAUGAUAACUACUUAAAAAGUUCAUGAUUUUAAACGUGUAUUUUAACUUUUAUCAUUCUUGUAGACGUGCACGGCUUCCUCAUGCACCUCCAUUCAAAUACAUGAAGUUACAGACGCCUUACAAUCUCUUAAUGUAAAGCAAGUUUGGUUUAUGGAUAUAAAGUGACAGCUUUAAUAAGAAAUUUGUGAUUUUUUUAAGUGAAUUUCAUCUAUUUUAGUACUUUUUAAAACAUAUUUAAGUGAGGACAAAUACUUGAUUUACAAUUACCUAAUGAAACUAAUAUUAUCAUGUCUAAUCAAAUUGAUUUAUCCACAUCAAUACUUAUUUUACUUGUAAGAACAUUUCCUUAUGAUUCUGAAAAUUCACCCCCAAAGAGUUUAUAUAAAAUAAAAUUAUAAAAACAUAUAUUUGGUCAUUUGAUAAAGAUAAAGACAGAGGAAGAAGUCUAGAUCUUAAAGUCCCGGAGCAGAAUUUGUACGUUACGAUCACUCUAGAUUCGUGUCUUUGUAAUUCACUCAUAACGUUAUUGUCAUAAUAUCAGUCUCUGCAGAUAAAGCUUUAAAAGCAGUUACUUAAACCAGCAGGUGUAAAAUUUUUCCACCUAUAUGUUUGGUCGACAACGUGACGCAUUAACUCGCACACCCACGGUGACGGCUCACAUGUGCCAACAAUGAGCUGCGACACGUCGACUGUGUUGAAGUGUCACAGGUGCCAAACAACUUCCUUUAACAGCGCCGAUUUGAUUGAGCAUUUAAAGUACAGAGUUCCUGAAUAAAGAGCUUUAAACUCAGGCGUUCGACAAAGCGAAGAAAUAUAACAGCAGCCACCCACAGGUCAGGAAUCUAAAGAAAAUCACUGAAUUCAGUAUACGCCUGAUAACCAGCUGUGAUAGACGGCGUCGGCUGCUGCAGGUUAAUAAUGUACUUGGAUCAGCUUCUCUAAAAGGAAUUUGAAAAAUCGGCAAAAUUCACCCAGAAUUUCAAUGAUGAGAUAAUAGACGUAGAUUCUUUAUGGUCUGGACCUGCUCUUUUUUUUUGUGAAUUAUCACCGUAUAAACAAAGAUUGAUGAGUUGAUAUUUUGAUUAUGGUUCAGUUGCAUUCCUACAUUCAGGGGCUGAAAAAAAUGAAGGUUUAAAAGUCUCUGAUCAGAAAGAAAGUGUGCAAAAAACUCUUAUACAUCAAGUCUAAUUUAACUCAAAAAUUCAUCUUUAUGUGUUCGCUCACUGUCUGUUAACCUCGUCUCAGAUUUUGUUUGUGUGUUUCCAGAGUCAGAAUGAUUGAUCUGUUUAGCAUAGACACGCUCUUCUUCUUCUUCUUCUCUUCCUCUCUCUCUCUCUCUCUCUCUCUCUGAGCAGAACAGGUCCAUGUCUCGGUAUAAUUGAAGUCGGGUGACGGGAGCCCCGCAGAGGCUCUAAGCUUUUCUCUCCUGACUUUGCUGCUCUGCUCCGGGGAUUAGCCUAACAGCAGAGGUAGUAAUUACUUAGGUGGCCUCAGCUCACUGGCAGUAUUAGCCAUGUCUCAGCCACUUGCUUUGACACCCACCACCCACUGCCCUCCACACUCGCUUUCCCACCCACCUCGGCAGAGGCGAGUCCAUUCAUCCAAGUAAAUCCAGCAGUGCUGAUGCUGCAUUCUGAGCCGGGCUCACUCAUAGACUGACUACGUCCAUCAGCAUUACACAGGUCUGUUUCCGGCCUUUUCACUCUCCCUUAUCACCGCCGGAAUGAAAGUGGCACUUUUUUAACCAUACUGAGAGAAGCGAUGACUAAGCGGGACUUUGGGUCCGUGUUGCUCCGCUUGCCUCUGCAGUCGGCUUUAAAGCCAUGCGCUGAGAGCCCCCUGAUAAGUUGCUUAGUACUUUAGCUUUAGCGCCCAGUGGGUUAGCGGCGAAGGCUCGAUGUGAGGAUGAGGUCGCAUACUUAAGACAAUCAUCAGUGGAAUAAUGUGGCAGUGACUCUGAAAACCUCUUUACUCGGUCUCUUUGUGUGCGAGAGCAGAGUCAGCACAGCUCCACUGGACUAUGUAGUCUGCUCAGAGUAGAUCAGUGUCCUCUACAAGGACGCUUCAACAUGAUAAUGAUACAGGGUCAGGCGGGGUCGGCUGUGAGGGAGCCGGCGGCUGCUAAUUCUUACAGUAGCUCUGGACACUGUUCAUGACUUUUACCUUUUUUGAGGAACAUUAAAGGCAUGGUUGACGAUCAGAGAAGCAGUUGAAAAAAAAUUAGCCGUUGAGGUAGAUUUGAAAAAAGCAUCCAACCCCCCACACAGAACUUCUCCACUAUGUGCUUCAUGAUAACUUCCCCCUGAACCUGUGUCACCCUCCUAAGACACACCCCCUUUGGCUAAAGAUCCUACGCUAGCUUCAAAUAGGAUUCACCAUUUCGGACUGCAAGUGACUAGUGGCAGUAAAUGCCAGCUCUGCUAGCGAGCGCCGUCUGCAGCCUGGACAGCUACCGUGUUGACAUUGCAGAGACUAAUAAGAGUUAUUUAUGUAACAUGUGCCACAAUAAAAGGCGAUAAAAAUUACCUGCUCAACAAAAACUUUGCUGUCUCGGCGUCUGUUUUCAAGGCCAAAUCGUGGCGGAGCUUUCUCCACCGCUCUAAGGAUGACCCGAUGUUUAUUCGAGUUAGAUUCCUCACUUGGUCACAUUUCCUUCAUCUUUGCUCUUUCUUCUGUCGGCUUGCGCUUUCUUAGCACUUUUGGCGGUGGGGCAAACUGAAGAGUAUUUUUUUUUCGUUCUUCUCCAUCACAGCUCCUGUAGCUAAGCUGCUAUGCUACUUUUAGCUGCUCAGAGCCCCGAGGAGGGCCAGGAGGCGAUUUUUUUUUUUUUUUUAGGACGAUAGGGAAAAGUCCCACCUCCUUCACCUCUGAUUGGCUAGAAAAGCUGAAAAUGUCAUCACACGCUCAAGCCAAAUGCGGGCUGUCAGCUCUGUAUAUCAAACAUUACAGAACAUUAUCGCACUUCUGAAUCUCCUAACCCUCAUCCUAAUCCUAACCCCAACCCGUCAGACGAUGACGUUUCACAGCCAUUAGGAAUAACCAAUCGGAGCCCAGCACUUCUAGCCAAUAAGAGGCAAAGGAGGGCGUGGACUAACUGAGUUAGAAGCACAUGAAAAACACUCAACCCGACCCAAAAAACUCAAAAUUUUGCAGGUGACUCCGCCCCGCGUAAUACUGUCCUCUUUGGGAAUUCAGAAUAUGUUCAUCUUACUGUUGGCAUCUCCAUAAACAUAAUUACAAUCCAUGGCAGCAGGAUUUAAUGGAGUCUGUUGUUCGCCCAGUUGAUGACAGAUGCUUCAUCUUUGUCUAAAAUCUAUUCCUAUUCUUGACUGAGUUCAGUCCAUCUUUUACCAAAUGAGUUCGGUUUCAGAGCACAGGUGUUUUUCAUUAUCUGGGUUGAUCAGAUCUGGUUAGAGGUGGAUGGAGCUGUGUUGGGAAAUGCUGUCUGACUGUUAAACUAAUGAGAAUGGUAAAAAUGGGAUUUUUCCUGCCAGAACAGGUGCAUGAAGACUCGCACUGGGGAGUCAGUUAGAUGCCGAUCUAUCAUGAUGUCUACAUGCUGGGAAACCAUCAAUGAUGUGCGCGUGAACUCUUCAUAUUUGCAUCAUAUGAAGUGUUUCCUCUUCAUGAACGGGGGCGUGUUUUUGCUCAUGCGUCUGUAUGACCUGAUGGUUUGUCUCGAUGAAUCAAACCAUCUGAACCCUGAUCUUUCACUUUAUUAUCUUCUGUUUAUAAGAGUUCAGAUUUCAGAGAGGAUGUUCAGAGUCUUGUUGGGACUCUUAAUACUGUUAGUAAAGCCUGUGAUACUCUUCCUCUUUACGACUCAUGAUGUCUGCUGUGAAAAAAAGCUUCUUUUUUAUUGCUCCACACUCUUUUGUCUCCUUUGCAAAAUUGCUUUUUGAUUAAACUGUAAAAUAUACCGACAACUUUCAUACUUCCGUAGGAGAGGUGUUAUAUUUUAGUAUUAAUGUCACAUGUGACUCCUUGAUACAUGCUUCAAAUUCUGUGUACAGUAGGAGCCGCGCUUAUUGAUGGCAUAACGAUGUAGAUAAUCAGAACAUAUAAGUGGAUUUCCAUACGACGCACUCCCACAGUGACUUUCAAAAUGCUUAACUUGAGCAUAUCUUCCAAGUGAUAAGCUCCUCAAUGCAUCUCUCAUAAAUGUGCCAAGCCAUGACACUCGCAGACGAUGCUUUCCAAUGGGCCGUAUAUGAAAUAUGGGAAAUGGGGAACAGAGGCCCUUUUCUGCCAUGCCAGCAAAAUCUCCAAAAUGAGCUUUUGUAACUUGAAUGGGGGGGGGUUACGAAGAGGAGGAGGAGGAGGAGGAGGGGGUCCGCACCGCCUGACGUUUACAAUCCAUCGCCCAGGAAGAGACUUUGGCUGCAAAAAGAGUGGUUUUUCAUUUUCUCUUCUAAGAUAACCUUGCUUUCUUCCUCCCCCUUUCAGAGCAUCAUCAUUUUCCCCUCCUUUUUGUCUGGUUCACUCCUUUCCAGCUAACUUUUUAAUUAACUUAUAUAUUCUGACACAAGUCGAUUAGAAACGAUCAAUAUUUUUACAGAGGAGUGAUCUUUUUUUUCUAACCCUUUCUCUUCAGUUCAACACGAUCAAACGCCUCUGAAAAACAACAAGCAGACAACAUGAUUGACACUUGGAACGAUCAAAAUCAAACCAGAAAACAGUGACGUUAAUUUCACUAACAACAAAAUAGCUGUUGAUUAUGAGCCGGCAACAUUUCCAGGCACUGAAACACAGCGGCACUGUGUCUCGAUAAGAAAUGAGUUGUGUCUGCCUGUCUCAUUGUAAUUAGCCUUGAUUAGCAUGCUGCUAAUGACUGUAACAGAUUGACAGAGGGGGGAAAACCGGUGUAGCGAGAACGCCUGAAUGCGGGGAUGUGUUUUCGCCGGCGGAGAGACACUUCACAGGGCUGGAGAUGUGUGCAGGGAUUUGUGUCAGCUCCCUUCAGCACUACAGAGAUAAACUUCAUUACUAUAGAUUUUAAAAAAGUGAAGAUUCAAACGGGUAUUGAAAUGUUUCUAUAAGGCGCUGGCAGAAGAUGGAGCAUUUAGCGAUGGAAACGGCGUUUUACAGCGUGAUGAUUGUGGAAAACCCACACCAGGAGAAAAUUCAUUUCCAAGUGUAAAGUAUCGCCGCAGAAAUGUCAUCAAUUUUUCGCCGUACAGCACAACACUCUGUACUUUCUCCCUCCGUCAGCUGCACCUUUUUAUUUAGGCGGUGGUUCACCAGCCUUUCCUCUGCCAACCUGCUGUCCAUCAACCAUCCCUCAGGGUCCGACAAUAGCAAAAGCACAAGGUGUGAAAUUCAGCUCCUAGAUGACAGUGUCACCCGCAUGAGCCCAUGCAAAUCUACAUGGAUGCAAUCAUGUCUGCACAUUUAUUUUUAGUCCACCCUGCCCCCCUCCCUCCGUACGAGCACACAAACACCGUGGAGUUUAGCACACGUCCCUCUCCUUGCAGAGCAGGAUUCCGGCGCGUCUAACCUGGCCUUGAAUGUGACAAACAGUGUUAGCGGUGAGCACUCUGGGCAUCCAGGCGAGGAGAACAGGAGGACAGAGGAGACAAGUGUGUGUCCUUUGGUGUGUGUGUGGGUGUGGGGGGUUGUAGGCUGGUCAAGGGACAGCAGAAGGGAAAAAACCUAAAUAUAGAUGUGAAGAUUUUCAAAAGAUUCAUAGACAAUCAUGGUUUGGAUACUGUUGAAUGGUUUGGGUUAUUUUUAAGGUGCAAGUGUCAGACAUGUACUGGUCCAGCUUUUGAGACCUUCAGGGAGGAGUUUUUGAAUCAAACAGACUCAUAAACACAAACCAGACCAUCAACUUAACCUGACCCACCACUACACUGUCAGUCAGAUGUGUGUGAGUGUGGUAAUCCAUCGUAAGUGUUGUUUGGUAAAUUGUAGUUGUGCUUGUUCAGGGCAGGAAAACAAGUAUGACGCAAAUGGGAUGUACUAGAGUGACCAUAUAUCCUCUUUUACCCAGACAUGUCCUCUUUUUUGGGGGGCUGUCUGGCCUCUUCCAGGGGAGUUUAUGACAUCCUUCAAAUGUCUGGGGUUUUGUAUGGAAGUUUUGAGGUUGUGUCGUGUAGACUUACUGGGUUAGAAGCGUGGAAAAAACACUCAUUCUGACCCAAAAAACUCUCAAAACUAACUACGCAUGACUCCGCCCCCGUUGUGUCCUUUUUUUGGGGAUUCAGAAUAUGGUCACCCUAGACGUACCACUUUAUCUGCAGGCGUCACCACCAAACUUGUGGUAAUUCCACUCUUACGUUUCUAAAAUUGUUAGGAUUUGUGCUGCCUUAAAUUUAAAUUAGAAGUCUAUGAGUUUACCGUAAAACCUUUAAUAGGGGUUCUCCUGAAAUGUAAGAUGAAAAAACAGCGAUAAAUAAUUAAAACCAUCCUUCCAAGUUAUUUCAACAUUGCUUGAAAUAAAGAUGUAGAAACUCUUGAGGGCUGUAGCUCAAGUAGCACAACUCUAACUUGUGCACAGUUUUUUGCACAAGUUGGGAUCCUGAAUAAAUGGACAUGUGAUAGAAACAGAUUUAGAUGGGUCGCAAAUCAUUUAAACUCUGUUAACCUGAAAGAGCACAAAGACAGCAAAUCAGAUGUUAUUGUAGGGCUAGGCGAUAAACCGAAUAUUUACUGAUACCGAAACUUACAAUGAUAACCAACAUCAUUUUGCCCAUGUCAAUAUAUUCUGUGACAAAAAAAUAAAUAAAAGUUGGUUUUGGAUGUGUGUAGGUAGGCUACGGUCUCAUGUCCCUUUAAGACACUGUCCUACGCCAUCCAGUCAGUAACAAAGAGGGAAAGACAGGAGAGGAGAUGGAGGACGGUUCAAAAGUUGUAGCGGCUGAAGUAUACGACGUUAAUGUGGGAGGGGGUGAGCAGCUUGUGGAGUAGUUAUCGUCCAUUUAUCAAGGUGAACUGCUCAAUAUAUCGUGAUAUUGAUUUAAGACCAUAUCACCCAGCCCUACCAUAGUGCUCUACUACCUGGAUGUAAACAAACCCAGAUGAUAAAUGAUCGUAUUGUAUUUUCUCCCCAGUUGUGCAACCAUCUCUGUCCAGUUUGCAGUUCUUCUGGCUACAUGCAGAAUAAUUUGAUUCAACAUCCUGAAAUUUAAACUUUUUAACUCUCCUAAGUUUGCACACUUCUUCUUUCUUUAUAUAAUAUGUAUCCUGUUCUGUCUACCAAUAUCAUAUCAGACGCUCGCAUGCUAUCACAGGUGGACUCCCCUACCUCUGUGCUCUGUUGGGUGCUUGAGCAUUGAGCACAGCAGUGGUGGUCCUCGCUGAGACAGGCCCCUCUCCUACAAACCCGAGCACACAUUCACACACUUCCAAACAUACACUCGUUUUCCCCCCACGGGUGCUUGGUGCCUGUGCUGUGUCAUAAAUCAGAGCUGUCAAAUAGAUUUUACAGCUCACAGUGAAAAGAGGAGAGGCAGCCACCCAACAACCUUGAAAAGAUGGAAGAAAGCGAAAGUAGAGAAGUUUCAGUGUUAUUAAACCUGAUACUUGGACCUGAGGAAUCUAUAAAGAGUGAGUGGACAGUUUUUCACUGCUCAGAUCAGGCGUGCAACUUUCACAGUCUGGAGCCUGUGUCUUACAGUAUGUGUUUGGAUUAGAAAAAUAAUCUUUAAUUUACCUGCUUUAAUCUAAUAAUUCAAGUAUCAGCUUUCAUCUUUGUCUGUAGAUUGAUUUUAAUGCAACACCAGCAGGAAAUCCUCAGAAAGGAUGAAUCAGCAAAAAAAAAAUACACAUUUUUUCUGCAUUUUUUAAAAACUGCAUGGCAUAAGUGAGGCAAAGAUUGUAAUUCCAAUGAUUGAUUAGAUUAAUUAGUGUGUAUGGUUUGCUGUUUAUGCUAAAUGCACGUGUAGAUGGAGAUGCAGUGGUGUAUUAAGCUGCAGAUAACCAGAUCAGACUUGGUAGUAGGGCUGGGUGAUAAACCGAAAAUUUAACAAUAUCGAAAUUUAUGACAAUAACAGUCAUUUUGCCCAUGUCAGUAUAUACGGUGUCAAAAAAAUGAAUAAACAAAAGUUGGUUUUGGAUGUGUGUAGGUAGGCUAUGGUCUCAUGUCCGUUUAAGACGCUGUCCUACAUCAGAGACGUGACUCCACCCCAUCCAGUCCAUAACAAAGAGAGAAAGACAGGAGAGGAGAUGGAGGACGGUUCAAAAGUUGUAGCGGCUGAAAUAGACGAAUUCAUGUGGGAGGGGGUGAACAUCUGUGGAGUAGUUAUCAUCCAUUUAUUGUAAUCGAGGUGAACUGCUCACUAUAUCAUAAUUUUGAUUUGAGGCCAUAUUGCCUAGCCCUACUCAUAUGUAUGUUUAAUUUAGAGUUUAAUCACCAGAAUGCAAAUAGAUCUUUUAUAUCCUGUAUAUAUAAACUCAUAGGUGCAGAUCUUUGUUCACAUAAGCUUUUACAGGAGCCUGGAAUAAUCAAAACUGUGAGAUUUGAGUGAAAUUUUUGGAUUUAGUCAGUGACCACAGGGAAUGAAAUAUUUCAAGGAUAAAGAAGAAAAGGAGAGUGGUUGUUGGUGCAUGAAAGAAUUUUUACAGAUAGAGGUUUUUGAUGGUAAAAACUUGACUGUUGAAGGAUCGUCCUUCACUGCAGUGGGGGCAAGUAAGGGAGCAUGUCAGUCUUGAAUCAGACCUCUAUUCAUUGCUAAGUAUUCCCUUAUUCAGGACUUUUAUAUGUCAAAAAAACAACUUUGGGCAUUAAAUAUUUUGAUAUCAGCGCUGAUUCAGAGAUCUGAAAGAGAAAAUCAAACAAACAGGAUCACAUCUAAACCACCAGAAUUUACUUUUUCUCCCUCUCCAUGGUUCUAAAUCUUUCUAUAUGUGUACCUUUUUUCACUCAUUUGAAGUGUUCAUCAUCUCAGAAACUCUCUCUAUCCGAGCUCAUCCGGCUAAAUUCCCUGAUUGGACGAGUCUUAUUGGAUGUCAGAUCUUGAAUCGCUGCUUCUUAAUAUGCAAAAUGGGAAAAUCAUGUACGUCCAGCAGCAGGGCUCAGAAGGCAAAUCAGUCCUGGCAGCCUAAUUCACUGGUCAUUAGAAGGGCCAAAUUGAAUAAUGGACUCCCACUUAGACGUGUGUGUGUGUGCGCGCGCGUGUGUGUCUGUUCAAUGAGACAUCCAGGGCCAUGUUGGGUGGCCGUACUCUGUGGCGCCCUUACCUUGGCCCAUCAGUUUCAAUCAGGCGGCGCGACAGGCACUCCCUUUUCCGCCUCGACCUCUCUCCAUUAGGACCCUGAUGCCCGCACGUGUUCUUCAUUAGCGCGUGUUACCUGCUGGAAGACAUCACCUGAGAGGGAUGAGGAAAGUUCGGACUCCACACCAAAAAAAAAAAAAAAAAUCCUAUUUCUAUUGAGAUUCUUCCUCUUUCCCUCCUCUUUGAGGUAAUCACUGGACUGUCGCAGCUUUAUUGGGGAAAGUAAUGGGAUUCUUGGGAUGGCGACUGUGGCACUCAGUUAUCAAGACGCAUACAUGUGCUGUUAGCAAUGAUCCUACUACUCCUGAUUGUGCCUCUUCCUCUUUAUUUCCUCCUCCAGCCUCUCAGUUUGAAAAGUCUUUGUACAUUUGUUAAAAUUCGCACAUUUAUCCGCCGCUUAUACUCUACAGAAAAAAAACUGUCGGGAACACGGCUGACACAGAAGUAUGAAACGCUUUGAAGGAAGAAGAGGACUUUAAAGUUUAAUUAUGUACAGAUCUUUUCUCUCUCUCGCUCAAAGUUAAUAAAAAGCAGAAAGUUUAUUAAAAGUAAUUUAGCCAGAAUAAAUCAAAACACUACGAGUCGAGUCAACAAAGUUAAAAGACGAGCUCUUCAUCUGCAGCAAAGGGAUUUAAAACGGCAACUUCAGUGCUGCGGAUAAAAGCAUAAAUAACAUGAAUAAGGGCUGUGAACACAAGUGAAUUAAUAGUCAUAAAAUAAACACAGUAGAUUCAUCAUUUUUACCUUCAUUGCUCAGUUUUAUGUUUGUAAUAGUGACUUCUUUAACUUCAUGCUCUGCUCCAGUGCGACGGCUGGAUGGUACUCCGUUGUUUCUUUCUUUGUCCAGGUUCGAGGACCUGUUUUAUAUUUGAUUAUUUGAGCAGUAGAAUAAAAACCCUCCUGGUUCUGUAGCUCAAUAGGGAUGAAGAUUGAUAAUCAGUCCUUUAAAUCUUUAAAAUCCCGUCGCGGCGAAGCUCAAUCACCGCCAAAAAGAAAAGAAGAGAAAUAUUCACAACAAGUGACAAAGAAGUAAAUAGGACAUCCUGGUGAUUUAGGAAGGCCUGAUAUGCCUUGGAAAGUGAUUUUAUGUGAGGGAUCAGACAGGAAUGGGAUGGAUUGGAGUGGUAGCGCAGCCCGGUGGGCCUAUCAGUCAGCGUUAGAGCUGCUGAGAGGGCUGUCUCCAAGGCGGCCUCUCAUGCACUGGCCAUUUCCCCCGGCCAUUUGUCUUUGUCCACUUUCUUUCCCUUUCCUUGCCCAUUCUUUCUUCCUUCCAUCUCCUCCUCCUCCUCAUCUUCGAUUCCUCAUCUCGGACUCUCAUUUUUGUUCGAUCUGUUUCUCCUCUCUUUUCUUCGGCUUUAUGAUCAUCAUCAUGGCUCUCAUGUUUUCUCUCUUUUUCAUCUAUUCCUCCAGGAAAACAAGCCAUUUUUUCCUCUGGAGAAGCGAGAGAGGAGCUAAAUUACUUUAGUUUUCAUGAAACUUGUGUUUAAAGCCCCCUGGAUUAGUCACCCAUAACAGAAACUCUAACUUGUUGGCACUUUAGUGGAGCUCUUCGAGGCAGGGGAAGUAAAUUCUUAUGGCUUUCAUUUGUAUUUUUCUAAAUGAUCACACUGAAAGGAUCCAAACAGUAAGUGCUUUACUGGUGCAGUUAGCGUCACAUUUUUCACGGCUUUCCAGGAAGAGUGUAGAAGUCUCUAAACACACCCGUAACGCUGAGUCAGUCUAAUGUGGCCUGUUUUCUGCAAUUUGUGUCAUCGUUUUUCUUGGAUAUAGCAAGUCAGCUAUAAUGGAAGUUCUCCACGGAUGUAGAGUUGUACUCCUACUGUAUAACAACGGCAGACUCACAAAGAGAAAACUUAACAACCAAAUGCUCUUUUUAAAAUUUUUAAAUUCAGCACUCAGUACAUGUACAUGCACUUAAAAAAAUCUACUUAUUGUAAUAAUCUGACUGAAAAUUGAUUUUUAAGAUGCGUGCAAACAGUUAGUCCAACUGAAAUCAAACUUCUCAUUGUGGGACUAGCAUACAUGGAUUAUGCGGUUGGAGCUCAAUUUUCUCUCGCAUGCACAUACGCCUGGCUCUAAUCCUGUAGUUGAAUAUAGGGCUGGGCGAUAAAACGUAAAUUAACCAACGUCAUUUUGCCCAUGUCAGUAUAAUCAGUGUCAAAAAAAUAAAUAAAUAAAAGUUGGUUUUGGAUGUGUGUAGGUAGGCUAUGGUCUCAUGUCCCUUUAAGACGCUGUCCUAUGUCAGAGACGUGACUCCACCCCAACCAGUCCAUAACAAAGAGGGAAAGACAGGUGAGGAGAUGGAGGACGGUUCAAAAGUUGUAGAGGCUGAAGUAAAAGAAGUUAAUGUGGGAGAGGGUGAGCAGCUCGUGGAGCGGUUAUCUUCCAUUUAUCGUUAUCGAGGUGAACUGCUCAAUAUAUCAUGAUAUUGAUUUUAAGGCCAUAUCGCCCAGCCCUAGUUGAAUGGCAUUGAGAGUUGCUAAGAAGCCAGGUCGGAAACAAAACCUUGACAGACGAAAAAAAGGACGCAAGACACAAGACGAAACUUUCCGAGCCGUAAAAGUGACGUCCUGUUAGCCUCUCUCUUCUCUUUGAUCACCUGUAGAGUUUGUGUCUGGUACUGCAGGUUAUCAGAGCUGAAGGGGCAGGGAGCGACGAGGGAUCAUCUAUAUCAUUGAUCAGGGAUGGCGAUCUUAUACGUCUAUAAAAAGGAAAAAUGCGAUAAUUAGGGGUGGGAGGAAAAAUUGAUACAGCAAAGUAUCACAAUAUUUUGUCUGGUGAUAUAUCGUAUCGACACAUUUACCAAGUAAAGAUUUUUCAAAUUUCGAUUUUUUUAAAGUCAAAUCUAUGAUAAUGGAAAAAAGUAAAAUCAACUGGUUGUCCAGUUUGCAAGAUGCGCUACAUGAAAAUAAAAUACAGCAUAAAUAAGACAAACAUAAAGUAAAGACAAAUUCAAAAUUAGCUUAACAGUUGAAAAAUAUAUAUAAAUUGCAAUAUAUUGAAUCGCAAUGCUCACUUUAGUGCCAAAUGUGAAAAAGCGCAAUAAUAAAAUCGUAUCAUGGCCCAAGUAUCCUGAUAAUAUUGUAUCAUGGGGCCACUAGUGAUUCCCACCCUUAGCCAUAAUGAGUUGGGUAGCUUAAAAUAUUUAAGUAUCCUUUGUGGGAAACAGAGACUUCCAGUAAAGACAGUAUUACUUAUUCUAAAGGGACAUGAUGAUUCAAAGUUAAUGACACAGACGGAAAGAGGAUGGAGAAGGAGGGAGAGGUGCUGUAUGAAAAGCACCUUGUUUGUUUGUUUGUUUGUUUGUUUGUUUGUUUAAUGUGAAGCGGCAGAAGACAGAGAGUCAGUUAAAAAAAACCUACAUCAGAAUUAAUCUUUGUCUUAAAUCAAUAAAGAAAUGUAACAUCAACUCCUGACUUUAUUCAUAACUCUCACAAAAGCUGAACUGAUUCCUCCUCAAACUUAAACUCCUUUAGCUCUUUUUCUGUCUGCGUUUAUGUAAAGGUGUUUAACCACACUGUUCGCAGUCUGCGACGUGCCGACCUCGAGGCUGAGGAGUCGGUCUUCGUGGUGUUGAUGAACACAGAAAGUGAGGACAGCCGUUAAGCUAUAACCUCCUCUUAUGCCCCUCUCCACCCCUGACUCUCCUGGCCACUCACUCUGAUGAUUUAUGACCACACCUGAAGCCAGAUCAGAAGUUUGCUCUUGUGUUUGUGUUUUAAAACAGCAGAAGGACUAUACUGUAGCUGUGUGUGUAAGAGAGGGAAGUAAACGGUUGGAAAAAAAGAAAGUGUGCGUAGUUUUAAAGUCACAAAAGAUGGAAAAUGCAUGAGGAUUUUUUUUAGCUUCGAGCUGAAUGCUAAAAUUGUGCGGUGUGUUGUUUGGGGGGCUUUUGAUGCAUACAUAGUGGGGAAUAUUGAAUAGCAUGUUGCAAACAGAGGCGCAUGUGUGUGUGUUUUUAUGUGUAGAGACCCCAUUAUUUCAGACCUGGCCUUUAUGACUCCCCCCCCCCAACACUCCCCCUACCUUCUCCAUGAACCUUGACAUGGCCAGCCUCCUGAAAUGCAAUCUCCCAUAAAACCCAUCAAAUAAAAAAUUCAUAUUGAUACUCUGUGGCUCAGCUUUCUCCACCUUCUCCUUCUCUCACCAUCAGCGCUCCAUGAUGAUAAACGACCGACUGUCAGAUAUUAGAGUCUGGAACACAAUAAAAGCCUGAUUCUCGCCUCUUUUCAACAUCUCUCCAGGCCUGCAGGGCUAGUUUUCUUUUUUUUUUCCUCUGACAAAUUUUUGCAUUUGAGGAAAAAUCAAAUAUAGCUCUGUUGGCGUUAGGAUGAGACUCUUAUCAAAAGUAAAGGUGCAGGUGAAUUAAAAAAGUGCUCACGUUUCAUAUUCAAUAAGUUAUUUUUGAUAGGAGUCAAUGACUGAGAUUACUACACUUAACAAAAACUGAUGGAUUUCAUAUUUGAUGUUUAAUUUACCAGCUUAAAGGGAUAAAGGGUCGCAUGUAAUAAUGUCUUUCAAUCAAAGGAGAUGUUACGUAGGACUUUGUUAGUGUAUAUCUGAAGUAAUGGACGGCCUCGUGGGACUUUAGUUUGUAUUAUCAUGCACAUCAAAGUAAGCCCUGGUGUCUUAUUUCUAAAUUAGCUGUGCCGCAGGAGCUCAAAUCACAAUGUGUGUACGACGGCAGUGCCCGUUUCUCCCCCUUAACUCCCAGCUGAGCCUCUGUGGCGGUCCAUUACCCAGCAAGCCCUGGUGUUCUGCUGCGAGCCACGAAAGCGUCCCGGAGAGCCUGUCGAAUAAGCGGUCAGUUAGGCAAGCAGGUCGUCUGAUGCAAAUGUCCACAUGAUGCCGAGGAUGUCUGACUGACACUCAGCACCCUUCAGGAAGCCGUCCUUACUUUAGAUAACAACAGAAGUACAACUUUUUAUUCAACUCUGAUUAUUUACCCGUUCAGCACAAAAUCAAUACUUUUCAUCUUAACAAUCCUGUCAGGGGUUAUUAGCACACCUGAGUAAACGUCCCUUACAACCGCAGCACUGAAUCACACAUCCCCUCAUUCUCCAAACAUGUUUGUUAUCUGCUUCUCUGCUGUGUACUGCAGGUAUGAAGGGCACACACAAGUGCAAUUUGAAAUACAAGGAAACAACCUUCAAACAUGACCCCUGGGAUUGGUUCUGUUCAAGGGCCACCUAAAAAACUUCAAACCUUGGAAAAUCACAGAUUUUAACAUUGAACAAGACGACAGGAUUGUUGAAUCAACAGCUCGUAGGAAAAAAAGGUUUCCUUUCAAUGUUUCGGCCAUUCAGUUUGGGGGUUUUUGAAGGUCAAUGCCAGGUUAGACUGAACAGUUCUCUACAUUUUUAGUUUGAUUUAACUAGAGCAUUUCAUUUGUAAGAAAGAAAAGUCUUAAAUUUCCAGGAUAGAUUCACAUUCAGACUUCUUUUGUAGUGGCAUUAAUGUGAUUGCGGUCUAACAGGAUGUGUUUUUGUUGCAAGGUUUAACGCUGUCCUUCAACUCAACAGCUCUCGUUGAAAAGGAAAGGAAAUAAAACGGCCUUCUGAGGAAACACUGUGAUCUAAGGUCGAGUAUCAGAAGCUUCAAGUUUCAUACUGAAACAAAAUUACUACAUGUAGGAGCUGUUGAAGGCGUCAAAAGUGCGACAAAUAAAAGAUAGAGGAAUAUAGAUUUGUAAUUUGAAGGUAGGGCUGGGCGAUAUGGCCUCAAAUCAAUAUUACGAUAUAUUGAGCAGUUCACCUCGAUUACCCUAAAUGGAUGAUAACUACUCCACAAGCUGCUCAACCCCUCCCACAUUAACUUCGUCUACUUCAGCCGCUACAACUUUUGAACCGUCCUCCAUCUCCUCACCUGUCUUUCCCUCUUUGUUACAGACUGGAUGGGGUGGAGUCACGUCUCUGACAUAGGACUGCAUCUUAAAGGGACAUGAGACCAUAGCCUACCUACACAUAUCCAAACCAACUUUAUUUUUUUGACACUGAAUAUAUUGACAUGGGCAAAAUGACGUUGAUUUUUGUCGUAAAUUUUGGUAUCUGUAAAUUUCCGGUUUAUCACACAGCCCUACUACAGAGGGUAAGAGUUGUACAACAUCAAACCAAUCAACGUAAACAAAUCCUUGCGCUGAAAUGUCCAAAUAAUCCUUAUAUUUUCUAAAACUGACACUGUCUAAGGCGUUUGUUUGUAAAAUCCAAACAUUUAUGUGGUUUGUUUUAAGACAUCGAAUAUAUUGAUUCGGGCAAAAUGACGUCGGUUAUUGUUGUAAAUUUCGCUACCAAUAAAUUUUCGGUUUAUCGCCCAGCCCUAUUUGAAGGUUUUCAUAAUAUGUGAGAAAAUUAUGAAGACCUUUAUAGACAUCACCUCCUUUAAAAACACAGGUUAUGGAAGAUUAUGUUAUAAACACAAGACGAUAUUGAAGUUGACAAUAAAAACAGAAAACAAACCUCAACGGAAGAAAUUGUCAUGUCAACAAUAAAGUCAAAAACAUCUGAAGUCGACACUGUGAUUCCUGGGAGCUGCGGUGUUUUUGUUUGGGCUCCUUCUGGCAACAUAAAGAGGAACUCUUAGAUCACACAGACGCGUAUAACAAGGCUGUGUUUGUGCAGCGAUGCAUUCUCCGCUGUUUCCUCUUGAUGUGCUGACAGGAGCUGAGCGGUGGCUGUUUUUAGUGCCUGUCAACACGGCGGCAUGACAGUCCUCGGAAAAGUUAGAAGAAGGAGGCUUUUCUUUCUUAAUAAACCGCUAAUGUCGUCGCUGGAAUCCUUCACUGGGCUCAAACACAAGGCAGUGAAGCCAAAAAUUAUGGGCGAAUGAGAAGUACUGAAUGAAUUUCCCUUAUAAAUAACUCAUAAAGUAAGACCUGAGCGGUUUCCAGUCAUUAGAGCUGACUUUAAUAGAUCUGUCUGCCAGGACUUUGCAGUGCAUUUGGUGUCUUUUUCUUAAAACAAGUUUGUUUAAAUUACAGUUGACCCUGCACGCUUUGAGUGAAAGGUAAAAGUAAAGGAGUGGAGUGUUUUCAAAGCUCUGCUGCCUCCCCCACUGUCUUCAUAAUGACACCAAACAGCAAACCUUUUAUGUGAGGUGACACUCAAAACAGUUCGCCCAAUCAGAGGCCAUCAUCUUGUCAAAGGACCAAUUAGACCCCAUCUUUCCAUCAGUGGUCCAAUUGCCAUGUUAUCAUCGGUACAAAUUACAACUCUGUUGACUUGUGGUCCUUAGGUGGUGUUGGCUGCUUUUACUGAAAUACUGUCAUGCAUGUGUGUCGGGCGGGGGGUCAGCUAAAGUGUGCAGAAGGUUGACCUGCAGUCACUUCCAACAUCGGUGUAAAACAAAGUGAAGAGAAGAAUUGGUCUGAGUGAACACCUGGAUUUCUUUAGAGCUCAAAAUCAAUGAUGAGUUUUGCUGCUCUGUUGAAGUUGAGUUUUGAAUAACGCUGUGUUCGUGUUACCUCGGAAGUUGGAUGUUGGAGCUGGCGUUACACAUGAGUUGACGGCGUUCCAGUUAACAAGUCAGAAAACCAAGAUGGAUGUCUACUGUUAGCCGUUGUCAGCUGUUGUUAGUUGUUGUUAGCUAUACCAGUUGUAAACAACACAGUAUUUUAUUCUUACAAAACCCAUAGCACCGUGUUCACAGUUAAACGUUGGGCAGUACAACAUAAACCACUCAUUUAAUUUCACAAAAACAAAACAGAAGUGCUAAUAAACUAAACUAAAACAGUUACUCUUAACUGUCGAUGCACUGUGCUGCCAUCUUGGAUUAUGACGUUGUUGUCAAGUCAGGUUUGUGAGGAUCGUCUGACUUUCCGAGUCGGAAAUCCGACUUCAGGGGGGUAUUCCGAAUGAAUUUCCGACUCGGAGCUCAGAAAUCCUGACUUCUGAAUACAACUGGAACGCAGCAUAAGCCAAAAGUUAAACCUUCCUGAUAAUGGCGCAGUAGAGAACAGGUGCAACAGGUGAUAUAGGAUGGUAAAUGAGUCAACAAACCAGUGGAUUCAGACACCACAAGUUUAGCCAUUUAGAGUUUAGGGUUUAGUGUACUACUCAAGGAGUCUUAAACAUGUUGGUGCUGUAGCUGGGAUCAAACCAACAACCGACUGGACCACUGAUUCACAGCUAACAGAUUCUGAUAGUGUCUCAAAGCAACUCAAAUAGGGCCAACUAACAACUAUUUUAUAGUUGACUAGUCACCGACUAUUAGAACAAUUCAUCCACUAAUCGGAUAAUUUUAAAUAUAUAUAUUUUUUGCCUUAUAUAGUCCCAAACUAGAGGUUUUUAAGCACGUUCUCGUAGCUGGUGGAUGAGGCACCGGCACCUCCAUGUCUGAAUACCCUACCACUUGGCGGAGACGCUAUUGCUCAUGUGUGACUCUAUAAUCAUAACAAAGUAAGAUGCCUCACUCUACUGGAAAUAACACGUUUUAGACUCAGUUAGCUAAAUUUAAACUGGAAGGACCAAUGAGGAGAAGCCCUACCACAACAUAAGCAAUGGGGAACAAUUCGUAGGCUACAACGAAAAAUAUACAAUUAUAAUAAAUCUAAAAGAGUCAGAUUUAUGCCAUUAAGUGUUAUCUAACCAAGGAUCAGCAGUGCACUGAACAAAAGCUUGAAAAAGCCAAAUUCAGAGGGAAACACUCAAGCUUGUUUGAAUUCUAUAGACCAAUCACAGCUUGCAUGGGGCAAACCCUUUGCAGAGAACUUUUGCAAAAUAGUGCCAUUACUAGGAACUUUUUUGGUGAAUGAUCUGCAUGCAUAACGCUGAACUUUUUCAGAGUAGUCCCUCACCGUUAGCAGCAUGAGGUUUGGCACACGAGUUGCUUUCACACUAGAAAGACGAGGCAUUCCUUAAUAUUUCUUUCAGUGACAUAACAGAGAAUAAUCUUGCAAACUAGAUGCAGUUAGAAGUGGUUCAAAAACAAGUUCAUUCUGGCAUCAGCCGUGGACAUGAAAGUUUCUUGGCUGUUCUUGAUGUUGAUCACCCUGGACCUCCUGCAGACAUGUUGGAUGAAGCUCGAUCUCUUCAAUCUGGACUGAACUGCAGAUAAACAUUCAGUGUGUAAAUGUAAGACAGCCAGACUGAUCCAGACCUUGAAAGAGUUGAUCUUAAAUCCUUCAGUUUGCUAAUUCAUUACCACUCUGUGUAUUCACAUAAAUGCAUAUUUACUUGUGCUCCAUUUCAGUGUUUGAUAAGCAUGUUUAGUUUGACGUAUCAUUAGAGGUUGGCUCAUCCUGCAUAUUUUUACACAAGGUAGUAUCCCCUGUGGUUUCCAGAGUUAUUUUUGAGGUCUGAAGUUGAUCUGAGACUAUUUUGACGGAGGAUCUGACUUCCUUCAGCGGCCCUCAUGAGCAGAUUUUUUCAUUCCGCCAAGGGCAGACCUCUCCAUCGCCUUCUGUUUUAGGGCAGAUAAUGAUUCUCUUUUAUUUGGAAUAGGAUUGCAUUUUCUCUCUCCCUCAUCCUCUAUCCUUCCCUCACCUUUACCUUUCCAUCUCCCACUCCGCCCCCCUGCACCACUCUCCCUCCUGUCGCUUGGCCGCUGCUCCUCCAUGGCGGCGAUGCUCUAUCGCUCCGUCACAGCGCGAGCGAGGGAUGAGAGACAAAUCAAAACCACCUUAUUUCCCUUCAGUCCCCCUCACCAUGCCAGAUUGAAUUUGAGGUUUUUCAUCUUCUUUCUCAUCUUUCUCUUUUCCCUGCCUCCCUCCGCGUCCACUGCGAAUUACCUGGAUCCAAGCCAUCUCACAACUCCAUGACGCAGUAUCAUUUAUGCAUAUAGAGGGAGAUAGUCAGCAGCGCUCGCUGUUGAUUCUUUGGACUCACUAUAAAUCCACUUUUUAGAUGUGUGUGUUCAAAAGUGAUCAGCACUCAAAUCUAUCAAGUGUCCCUGCUUGCUUUUCAAGUGGUUCAAUACAUGGAAAUCUGCAUGUUAGUUUUGCUGACUUUAAUGUUCAAACACGGUUAGGGUUUGAGGAAAUGCUGCAGUGCAUCAGAACAUAAUUAUCAAUGGUGCUGUGAAUCUCCAUUUUAUCUGCAGUUUGACGGCAGUCAAAAUGUAAACAUAUAUAUAUACUGUAUAUUUUUUCUGACCAGCACUGGAGAGGUUUAAUUCAAAGCUUGCAGAGAUAUAGACUAAAUCACAGAAUUCGUCCAUCUGGUAUCACAGCAAAGAUAGCUGCGCAUAUCAGGAUUUAAAAUUAUUCUUAACUUGAUAGUUGUGUUGCUCCCAACUCGAAAAAAUUGUAGAGCAUCAGCAAAAAAAAGUAGGAGUGCCCUUUUGAAAAUGAAGGAGCACCUCAGUCUACUGUGCACAGCUUCCACUUUUCUACUCGUACUCCUCAGUUUUUAAGAUAUUCAGGGUUAGGGAUGGGAAUCGAUAAGAUUUUAUCAAUAUCGAUGUUAUUAUCGAUUCUGCUUCUUGAUUCAAUUCAUUAUUCAUUCCCUUAUCAAUGCCUUUCUUUGAUUUAAGAAAAAAAGUAGACUAUAUGUUUUCACUGUUAACUCUGAAUUUUAUUGAGUCUCUGACAAAACAAAAAUGCUAUUUGUACAGCGUUUCUGGCAUACAUUGUGCUUAUGUUAACACAGGACAUACAUUAGUGUGACCAUGUUCUGAAUCCCUCAAAAAAAGACAAAUUUUGAGGGUUUUUGGGUCGGGUCAAGUGUUUUUAUGCACUUCUAACCCAGUUAAAGGCAUAUUCUGAAUCCCCAAAGACAGUGCAUGUGUGUGUCCAUUAGUGGCUUUGCUUAGAAGUGAUCAGAGGGGCAGAGCUGCAGAACGCAAUGAUGUGCUGCACUGUUUUAUAAUGAAUGAAUACAUGUUCUGGACAUUUGAAGGAUCUUAUAAACUCCCCUGGACAGCCCCCCAAAAGGGGACAUGUUCGGGUAAAAGUGGACUUAUGGUCACACUAACAUAUGUACCUUCCAUGCCGUGCUGAGAUGGGGCAGCAGCGGCUGACGACCAGCGGAGAGCAUCGAAUACAUGUGACUCCAUAUAUUUGAUGCCCUGCCCCGUUGACAAAUGUUUAAGAAUGUUGCUGGUGUUUCCACCUUUGCAUAUUAUCACUGCUUGACAAACGUUGGACUGUUGUAAUCUUUCUUAGUGAAAUUUAGCCACAUUUUAGAUCGUUUGUGUACUUUCCAUCUGUCAUGUCUCUGUUCCUGUUUACGUAGACUGGCACUCACGAGAGCGUUUUUUAAGGCACCAGGAAGAAAGGAAUCGUUAAGAUAAAAUGUAAAUGAUGUCGAUGGAUUGAACCAUUUGGAACCGGUUCUCAACAACAACUAGUUCUUGAUUCCCAUCCGUACUCCCAACUUGGAAAAAUUGUAAAGCAUCAGCAAAAGAAAGUAGGAGCGCCCUUUUGAAAAUGAAGGAGCACCUCAGUCCACUUUGCAGCGCCUCCACCUCUCUACUCGUACUCUUCAGUUUUUAAGAUGUUCAGGGUUUUAAGUUUGGUCUCAUCAUGGGAACGGCUGACUUGACUGAAAGGCAGACGCACUGUGGCUGUUACGACCUCACCAUUCAAUCACCUUUCCCUACAUUAGUGACAUUUAAGAGAUAAAAAGGUCACACCGCAUCAACCAUUUUUGCACAAAUGCUCACACGUAUAUAUUGAGGUCACUUCGCAUGAUUAUGCAAUCACAGCGGCUGCGGUUUCAAGCCAUGCAUAUGUAUCCAAGAACUCCUUUUCAGCUUCAAUAUUUAUCUUGUGUUGUUCUAAAUAUUCAGACCUGCGAGUGUUUGUUCAACAUUUUGGUUGAAAUCAAUCAAGUUACACCGAUUUGCAUACAGCAGACUCUGCAUGCAGCACAACACUUAUUUCAUUCCGUCAAUAAUACAUCCUAUUUUGUGAGAAUUCAGACUCCCCUGAUUCCCUUACCGACACUUCUUUUCUUUAAUAUUAAUCAAAGCAUUUCAAGAGUGAUCAUUAAUCUCACUCAACACCAAAAUAUCAGAUUUCACUUCAGGUUACAGGGUGUGAGGAAAAGGUCCUUUCUGAGAAGCUGUGCCCUUUACUUCUAAAGACACACACACACACACACAUAUGCAAAAAAAAAACACACACUCACGCUCUCAUAUUAUGAAACCUCCCCGCUGAUUGCAUCUGAUUUCAGGAAUAGUUACAGAUUUAUGACCGAGGCAGGCUCAUCUGAAAAUCAAAACUGACAGGCACAUUUGCAUUGCGUGCUGAUUAACCUGCACAGCUGUGUGUGUGUGUUUGUGUGUGUGUGUGUGUGUGUGUGUGUGUGUCGGAGGAAGCUUGAAUGCAUGAGUAACAGCCCAGUGUUGUAAAAUAUUUAGUUGAAAUCAGAUUUUUUUAUUUUGAUACCUUUCGCCUUAAUUGCUCUAAUUCUGGGGUCCAGCUUUAUUAUCGGCGUUAAGGUACGAUAAACUCCUCUGUUCAAACUUUUCUCAUCCUACAAGUUUAACUCAAUAAUUUAAAGUCUGGAGGCAUGAAACACUGCAGGAGUAACAGCCUGUCGGUGCAGCGUGCCGAUGUGGUUGUGAGUGUGCGGGGGCCGGGGGGCACCUGGAUCCUGCUACCUGAGAAAAAUGACUCCCAUCUCCCACUCCGUUGGACCUGCUCCCACCCAGCCUCCCUCCCCCUCACCCCACCUUUUCAUUUUCAAUUAUGGGUUAGAAUAUGAAUCUUUAAUAGGGUGAUAAUUGUGCUAGCAUAUUUGCUGUCACCCACCAUUAGCCCAGAUUAAUUAGCCCAUUUACUUUAGCUUAAGAAAGUGUCUGGCUGAGGAAUGGGGGCACUGAUGGAAGACGAGUGGAGAGAGAGUAGAAUCAGCACAAUCUGUUCUGUAUCAUAAUGCCAUCUUUCUCCUGCUUUCUCUCUGUCUCUUCGUGCCGUUCGCCUCUCUGCCUCCUCCCUUAACUUUCCUCUUUCUCUCAUCUUACUUACUCUGUUAGUCUGUUUCAUCACUCUGCACUCAGCUGCUCCUCAUCCAAGGAAUAUGGGGGGAAGAGUCGUGCAGAUGAAACUUUCUUAAAAAUAUUAUCCCUGUAAUUAGACAUGUCCCUGUACAGUUAGCAUUUUUGAAGCCCUUUCUCAUGAAAAUGACGUCCCAGCCGGCUGAGUUAUUAUCAAAAACUAAUCAUGGUUGACUGAAAUCACCAACGAAGUUACAGAAACUAAAAGUUAGGUUUUAUUACUGGCUUCCUUUUGACAUCAACACAACAAAUUGAUAAACUUUGGGGCGCACAGAUGGCCUAGCAGGUUAGCGCACCCCAUGUAUGAGGACCAAAGUCCCCGCGGCAGUCGUGGGUUUGAGUCCAUCCCCAACCAUGUGCUGCAUGUCAUCCCCAUAUACAUAAUAUUUCCCCAUGUUUCCAUACUGUCCUACCCAUAAAGGCAAAAAUCGCUCCAAAAAAUACAUAAACUUUGAUAGCGGUCAAACUUGACCUUUAUCAGCAUAAAAAACCAAGCGUCUGCUCUCCCUCCUGGAAAAAUAAUAAUCACAAUAACAAUAAUAAUGAUAAUUUAUAUAGAAUUAUCAAAACAGAUGUUACAAAGUGCUUCACAAUCAUAAAAGCUCAUGAUAUGGGAAUAAAACAGAGAGACUAAAUUGCAAGACAUCCCAUAAAAGAAGACGACAAAACUUUAACAAAGGCUGUUAAAAAGUAAUACUAAAAGCAAUUAAAACAGCGGCUGGAAAGAAGAAACAAUAAUCUCACUAAAUAAUUAAAGCACCAUGUUUAAAUGAUGCAUAAGAAGAUGGUUUUGGACAAUCAAAUUCAUUUUCACAAGAAGACUCUGAUGGGGUUUUUGUCAGAGAUCCUCUGGAAGAAUCAACCAACACAAACGUCAACGAUCUUCGCGUAGUUAUGGAAGUUUUAGCCAAGUUAGCAUCAUGUGCUGGUUUCAUCUUGGCAUCAAGCAUGAAUUUGUGGUCGGGUUCGAGAUUGAAAUGCUGCUUGUUUGUAGCGAGACCUCAGGCCAGUCCCUUAUGGACUACAACGGGGUGUCACAGCUCAAGGAAGAACAUUUAGGAUUAUUUCGUCAUGGAAAUGCAAUCAGACCGAGACGCUAAGGCAGAAGAACUACCUCGUCUGCAGUGCAAAAUGAUUAAUAUGGUGAUUAUUACUUCAAGGAAAUGAUAAAGAAAUGACCAUAAAUGUUCCUUCUUGAGCUGCGUCACCCCGCAGCAGUCAGUGGACUCGGGGGGUCUUCGUACAAACAAGCGGCUGCUGGAAGAGAGUAGGUGAGUUGUGUUUAGUCUCUUUGCUAAAGAAAUCAGGCAAAGUUAAAGAUGUUUGGUGGCUAGUACUAUGGCUGGGACCUUAUAUGUACUCUUGAUGAAGUUAGGUGCUGUUCUGAGCAUUAUUUGUGGCUAUAGAGUGGCGUUUUGGUUGAGCGCGUGGUUCUCUGUAUUGCUAUCCUGUGGUGGUUACUAAAGUUGGUAUAACUAGAGAAGCAAGCGGUCGGCAACAUUCAUCUCUCGACAGGGUGUCUAAUUCGGUGUUACGGUGUGUUUGACCCUAACUUAAUUUUACGCUGGAAUAUCCCUUUAAAUUUCUACUAUCACAAAAUCCUGGUUACUCACUCCAAAUAAAAACACAAGUUUGCAGUCUUGCUGAUACAGAGUUCUUGGGUUGUAUUUGGCUGCUAAAAUAAAGAAUGAAUAAAUAAAAAACAAGACAUAUAGCACAAUGUCUUUCUAUUAUACCGUACAUCACAACUCUAUGGUGUUGGUUCCUUCUCAUUGCUUUUGGUAAUGUUACCUUUUUUCUACAGUAAAGGUUAGAUGAACAGCUUCCAAUCCCCUUUGCAGCCAUAAAAAGUAGAGCUACAAACUUCUCCACAGUGGAGAAGUUUGUAGCUGUAGAUGUGAGGACCAGAAAUGGAGAGAGAUGGAAUUCAAAUAAGUCCAGUGAUCAGAAACAGAAACACGGUGAUUUCCAAUACUGGAAUGGGCAAAUGUUUCCAAAACCACUUUAUAAAGUGACAGUAUGUCAGAUUGUUCCCUUGCCCCAAAGGGCUUCAGUGAGAUUGGUGUUUUAAAGUUCAGUUUUGACACAGCUGCCUUUCACCCCCUGGUAUUUCACACACUCUGAGACUGACAGCCACGUUGACAUUCCCUUUCCCCGGUCAUUGUUGGUUUCUGCAAUGCCAAACACUGACCCAAAGCUUUGAUAAGGCUUUUAAAAACGUGUUUUGCUUCUAUAAUAAGCCCAUUUAACUGAACUUAAUAAAGUAUAAAGCUGAACCAGUUGCAGAAAAGUGGAUAUCACCUCAGACUUGGUGUUUAUUGUCAGUGUAAUUGGCAGCGUGAGCGCACAUUUCAGAUUCCAUGAAAUCAUUUGAUUCAGUGUUAGUGUGAAAAAUAUUGCUUAAUGGAGCUUUAAUCGCACACUCCACCUUGGGAUAAGCUGUGUGUGUGUGUGUGUGUGUGUGUGUGUGUGUGUGUGUGUGUGUGUGUGUGAGUGUGUGAGUGUGUGAGUGUGAGUGUGUGUGUGUGUGUGUGUGUGAGUGUGAGUGUGUGGCGCUGGAGUAGCUUGGCCAUGUCACUAGCUGUAUAUCUCUCAGCAGGCAGUGGGAAAUGAGGUCUAAUCGGAGGGAUAUUAAAGUCACAAUAGACUGCUCCUGCUAUUAAGGCCUGUCAGCCCUGGCCUCCUCUCUCACCUUGAUAUCUCUCAGUCUCUGAAUAUUUAUACGCCUACAUCUCAGGCUACUUACACAGUGCCCUAUGUGACUUUUUUAUUAUGUGUGCGUGCUGAAGCAUCAAGAAAUUUAUCAUCACCGCAGCCACCCAAGGUCUCUGAAUUUGUUUGUAUGCAUUUGUAUCCCUCCGUCCGUGCUCACGCAGUCCACCUCUGUGUCCUCUGAUCCUCAGGUGCAGUGGGGGCCAGGCUGCUCUCAGGUCAGAGCAAACCCGUCACCAUGGAUGUGGAUGAGGAGGAGAAUAUGAGUGAGUCGACUCUGAUUUUCAUCAUUUUUCAGUCUGUCUGUCUCCCUGUCCAAGUAAUAGCUGGUCUCUACUUUUAGAUGUCUGCCUGAAUUUUUGUCUGCUUUUAUUUGUCUGCCUGCACGUUCCCCCCCUUGUAUGUCCUCCUGUCCUUAUCUAAUGUGUAAUCAGUGUGAACAAUUCUGCUUGCAAACAUAAUUAUUAGAUUUAUGCAUAGCCUGCAUUUUCUUAAAUCCUGUACCAUACGAUCCAAAACAAAUAUUAGCAUAACUCUUACCUGUGACCGCAAUUUUUUUUGCACAAGUUGGAAUCCUGGAUAAAUUGAUAUAUGAUGGAAACAUAUUCAGAUGGGUUGCAAAUCAUUUAAACUCUGUUAUUUUGCAAAAAGUAUAAAGACGGCAAAUCAGAUGAUACUGUUUUAUACAAAAAUAUAAUAAUAAUAUUAAUCAUUAUUAUUAUUAUUAAUAGUAGUAGUAGUAGAAGUAGUAGUAGUAGUAGUAUGGUAAUAAUAACAAUAAUAAUAAUAAUAAUUAUUAUUAUUAUUAUUAUUAGUAGUAGUAGUAUUGUUACCAUAAUACUACUACUACUACUAAUACUAUUUCUACGUCUACUAAUUAUUAUUAUUAUUAUUAUUAUUAUUAUAUUUUGUAUAAAACAAUAACAUCUGAUUUGCUGUUUUUAAACUUUUUUCAAAAUAACAGAAUUUCGGACCCAUCUGAAUAUGUUUAGAUCAUAUGUGAACUUUUUCAGGAUUUCAACUCGUGCAAAGAAAUUGUGGUCACAAGUUAGAGUUAACAAUAAUAAUAAUAAUGAUUAUCCAACAUAAAUUUAAUACCUCAAAAAAAAGUUGGGGCAGUGACAAAAAUACACUAAAAAAGUUUUGUAAUUCUCAAAAUAGUCAUUAAGAAUGAAUAUAAUUUAAUUUUAUCCCUGAAGGGAAAUUCAAAUUCAUUAUCUUCUAACUUAAAGAUGUUAAUUUAUAACAGGUUAGUAACAGAGGCUUAGUCACUCCGAAAAAAAGAUUAGAAAAAGUUCACCACUCUGUGAGAGACAGUGUGAGCAAAUAGUUCAACAGCGUGCAAAGACGAAACCAUAUUUCAGUGUUAAUUAGACCGAAUCAAACACAGCUUGCUAUCAGAUCACAUGGCCCAUUAUGAAACAAAAACUAUGAUCCAGUCGUCCCUGAUCUGGUAAAAUCAAGCGAAGAAGGAGGAACAAACUGAUCUGUUUUAUUCCUUAACUUUUUACAGAGUUUUAAAUGAGCAGGCAAUGCAACACUUUCGUAAACAUUUCCCUUUUCCUGACUUUUCGAAGCGUGUUGCUGGCAUAAAAUCUGGAAAAAAUACGUAUUCAUCUUAGGAGAAAUAUUCAGUUUCAAUUAAAUAAAGGCUUUAUAUGAUUUUCAAUUCUGAUUUGUCAGCAUUUUUACUGUGUCCUAACUUCUUUGGAGUAAAAGCCGUAGGAAAAUUAUGGUCCACGUCUCUUUAGUUUGUAUUCUCAUUCAGUCAACCCUCUAAAUCACAAAGGAGAUAAUCGUUUGUCCUAACCUGAACCACCUCAGUGAGCAGUGCACACACACACACACUCACACACACACAUAUGCACAGAUACAAGCCGCUGAUUUAACUGGGACUUUUCUGGGAAGAGCUAAUCAUUACAUCUGAGAGGCUGCAGGUCAUAUUACAGAUUCCCUUUACCUCCAUUCCUCUCUCUGUAGAAAAUCCUCUCUCCUCCGUCGCACUGAACUUUAAUUAGACAUUUGGGUUUGAACUUGAUAUCUAAAGCUCAGAUGGCAUGGAAAGACAUGAUUAAAUGUGUUUCCCCUCAUCCUAACAAUUUCAUACUUAGAUUCACAUAGAGCCGUCAUCCACACACUCCCCUAACCUCUGAUACAAAUGAAAGUUCUUAUUUCAGUGUCAAACUCUGUGUUUUUUGCACCGAGUCGAGGCAUGUUGUUAUGUCUUAAGUCAAAUAGGCAGAGAUGCAGAGUGGUAAUGUUAUUCCCGCUCUGAAGCCACUUUUCUUUCAUUUCCUUUCCAGUCAGAAGAUUCAUUUGAAGAUAAAACGCAGGCCUAGCUCACACAUCUCUCUUUUAGAAUACCGAGGGAACACCAGAGGAAAAAAACGCGAAAAUCUUUUCCAACUUUUAUGUGACAACCUUUGCAGUUCUUGAAAUUCUUUAAUCACAUGAAUCAUCCCAAAUGAAUCCCCCCAACAAACACUUGAGAUGAAGUUCUGAUGAAAGACUUUUUUUUUUUGUCUGUGUUAUUUGGUUCAUGCAGCCCCCCCCCCACGGGGAUUUAAAGCUCGGAAAGAUUCAAGCAUAUGGGAUCUUUUGUCUUUGCAUAACUAAUGGAUGCUGAUUACACACAUUCUGGCAUGAAAUUGACCCUUACUGCAUGUUUGUGCAUGGUGUCAUGGCUUUUGUCUUCUGGUGUUAGUCUCUGGGGUACUCUUGGAUAUCAAUCAUCUUGCAAAAAAGCUGUUUUUCUAUGAAAUGAUAAUAAUCAGGUGGAAACGUGCUGAAGGAUAAAUGUCAGACUGGAGAAAGGGAGCCCCAUUUUUUUCUGUGUGCCAUGGUAUUCACUGUAUUUGACUGUGCCACAUGCCAGAAAUCUCAGAAUAUGAUCACAUCUUUAUCAACUAAGCACAAAUUUAGAUUUUAUUACAAUUUUAGAAACUUUGUUGUCCUUUCAGCUGUUGAUAUUUGUACAGAUUUAUUAUACUCUAUUAUAUUCUGACUGUUUCUCCACAUCCAUAAAUUUUGUGGUCCUAUUACUGAGUCAACAGUAAUACCCACGUCUCCUAUAGCUGAAAUGUAAGCCGUGUAUCACUCUCCCUGACAGCCACAGUGCUUCAGUAAUAGAUAUUAUUGAUCUCUCACACAUGCAGGUCAAGUAUAUUCUGUUUACAAAGUCACAUGUGACCCGAGUGGUUCAUAUCAAGGUAAAUAAGGAAGUACAGGAAUUAUUGCUGCAAGGCUUCGGCUUGGUACGACUGGUGAACUUGCUUCACAGCAGCAAACAGUUAACUUGUUGUUUUAUCAGCUACCGGCGAGUGCUUUUGCUUGCUUGAGCAUGCAACAGGAGCUUCUUGUUGCAUAAAAGAGGCUGAUACUUGACAGGUGAUUCAGCUGAAUGCAGCUCCACUAUUGAGCAUGCCUGUCUAAAUGCUGUUACCAGCUACGUAGUCACUGUGUUAUUUUACUCCCGGGGUGCAAAGUGCUUGCAUGAAGCUCCAGAGUUAUGGAUAAUAACAUGGUGCCCAUCGGGUGUUUUCACUAAGUGCUGAGGAAGUUUAAAUUUUGGCAAACUUUUUAGCAACUUGGUGGUUUCCUCUGGUGUCUGACUUUGUUAGGUUCAUGUGUUCACCUUGCUUUGAUUGCAGUUGUUGCCCAGUAAACCCAGGCUUGAUAAAGCCUUAGCCAACUGACUGACACCUACAGCAGUGGAGGCCAACUCUUCCUGUCUUGUGUCACCUCAAAAGCACACAGUUUCUGAACAUUGAGAAGAGCCAUGAAAUUCUGUCCAGACUCCAAGAUCUUUAUGUUACCACACAGUUAUUAAGUGAUCCUUGACCUCUCUGCAAAAAAAUACCAAUCACUUUCCACAUUGUGUGAGUUCAUGAGGUCUUGAGAUCUGCUGUUUAGAUCCACAGUGUGGCAUCAUAAAGUACCUUGUGUUGAAAACUCUCUCUGUAAGCCCUGCCUGAUGCUUAAGUGAGUCUUUACCAAAGGCAUUUACUCUGGCUUUGAGGAGUCUGGUCCUGGAUUAUCACAUAUUCUCUGGUAGUUACCCACUGUGAUGGUGCAUCCUGGUGUCUCUAGGACCUAACAUGUCUUUGACGCAAAUGAAAUUCCUGCCUAAUUGAGGGGCAAGUAUAUAUUUGAGUGCAAGUCUGCUGUACACCAUGUACACCAGUUCUCAUGGGGCACCAGAUGGAAUCUGUAAUGGGUUUCACAACAGCUUUGGAGAUGGUUUGUGAGCCUUAGAGCUAUGCAGUCAGUCAGUUAGCUAAAUAGGUGCCAAAUAGGUGCCUGAUGCCAUACCAGUACUGCUGCGGUUUUUGUAGUCUUCAUCAGAGUGGAAAAAUGUUCAUAAUGACAUCUUUAAUAAUGACCAACAGUGUGUUUUACCAGAGCUUCUGAAUCAAUGGUGACAUCUUUAAUAACGACCCGGGCUCUUUCUUAGACCCUGUGUAUUCCCCGGUCACAUGUGGCUUUUGUGAUAUCAGAAACUCAACCUGUGUGUGUACAAGACUGAUCAAAUCUGACACCAACACACCAACGCUGGUGGUCAGUCAGACUUUACUUUAUGGUCUUUUUCCUUGUAAACAUCAAGAAAAUUGUCAAAAAUACUCUAUACUUUAUUUAUUCAUAUAUUUAAUUGAGAAUAAAUAUGCAAGUUAUUUUGAAGGUGUUAGUUCACUGAUAUUGUGGCUCCCUUUUUUUCCUUAUUUACAACCCUAAUUCCAAAAAAGAGUUGGGAUUCAGUGUAAAAAUAUUCAAAAAUAACAGAAUUUGGUUUUCAAAUCAUUUCACCAAACACUAAACUGGAAAAAAGUACAAAACCGACAAAAAAUAUCUGCUCAUUUAAAAUUUACUGGAGUGAUUUGUAAAAGUUUGAUAUCAUGAUUGAGUAAAACAAAGAUGGGAAAAAGUUUACCGCUCUGUGAAAGACUGUGUGAGCAAUUUUAGAAUAAUGUGCCUAAAACAGAAAGACUUUGGAAGAAUCUACAAUCUCACCAAUACUGACUGGCCUGCAACUUCAAGCCCUCUGAAGCCCACUGCGUUAAAAAAACAUGACUCUGUAGUGGGAAUCAACGCAUGGGUCUGUUACAGCAUCUUAGGUUAAAACUCAACCAUGCAAAAAGAAAACCAGAAAUUCUAGACGGUGAGUCCUCCAGUUUGAAGAGGAAAGGAGGAACCACCUGGCCUGUUAUCAGCUCAUUGUUCCAAACCAGUAUCCAUAAUGGUGUGGGUAGCUUACACAUCUUGAGAGGCUCCAUUUACGCUGAACAAUAUACAAGAUGUAGAGCAACAUAUGCUGCUAUCUAGACAAUGCCUUGCAUAUUUUAGCGAGACAAUACCCGAGCACAUUCUGCAUGAAUUACAACAGCACGGCUCUGUAGUGGAGGAGCGGUGAUGAAAAACCGGCUCUUCCUAGAGUCCCAACUUGUCACCCAGUGGAAACAUUUGGCGCGUCAUGAAAUGAAAAAUACAACAAAGGAAACCCUGAACUGUUGAGAAGCUGAAAUCCUUUAUUAGCCAAGAAUCGAGACGCAUUUUACUCACAAACUUGAGAAAUUAGUCAGCUCGGUUCCCAAAUGUUCGAGUAUUGAUAAAAGAAGUGGGGAUGCAACAUAAUGGAGCCCCCGUCCCACCAUAUUCAAAAUGAGCCUUUAUAUUUCAAAAAAACAAUUCAGAACCUGUUGAGAUCGAGAUCUCAUUUACAAGAGUGAUCUGGCCGAAGGGUCAGCAGCACACAUCACAAUAAUAAAUAAUAAUAAAGAAUAAUAAAGAAGAAGAAAAUGACCUCCAGAGACAUAAUUAAAAACACAGGCACUGUUCCAUGGUCUCCCAAAGUCUGUCAUGUAAGAUCGGUCGGUCUGGAGAGUAUUCCGUGCAGAAGUGGCAGCAAAACUGAACGUUUUUUUGCCCAGUUCAGUUCUGAUUCGCGGAACAAUCAAACGGAUAGUGUUGUUUGAGCGCAGGGAGUAGUGGCUUUCAGUUCUUUGAAGAAGAUCACAUAAAUAAGAAGAGCUAAGCCAUGAAGAACCUUAUAAAUUAGAGUCAUCAGGUGAGUGUACCUGCGAAUACUCAGAGAAGGCCAGUCAGACUUGGCGUAAGGGACUACAACCAGUGACAAACUUUUAACAAUCGAAAUGUUAUCUUUAAUCAAAAAAAGGGUUUAAAUGAUUUGAAAACGAUCAAAUUCUGUUUUAUUAUCAUCCUCCACAGCGGCCUGACUUUGGGAAAUUGGGGUUGUAUUUGCAGAGAUCCAUUUAUAUGUUGAAUACAUGCACACACCAAAAAAAAUUGCAUGUUUUUGAUGCACAUUUUCUCUUCAAUUGAAUGAUAUGCAGUUUGUUUUGUUGGUCUUAGAAAUAUGUGUUUUUUUUCCUUGCCUUUAGAUGUGUCAAUUGUAGAAUGCAGAUGGUACCAGCAUGUCAGUACAAUUUGCAACCUGAAACACUGUUCUUUGACAAACUCCAUGGGGGGGAUCUCAGAGGCGCAGGGUCUUAUGAAUGGCACCUCAUUAGAAACAGAUUCUGAAUUCAUAUUGCGCUCAUUUUAAAUGUGACAGCCAUUCUCCUCCAAAUCUUAUGUGAAACGGGUAAACAACAUUUUAACAUCCCAGCGUGUCACCAGUCAAGUCUUUAGGAUCCUGCAGUAGGUGGAGUCUUCUCCUUCUGCCUCUUUGAUGUAUUCUCCUCUUUGCCUGGUCCUCAGCUCCUCCCCCUGCACUUCUCCCUUGCACUCCCUCAACCCGACCUACAAUCCCACUCAUGCACACUGCGGCCUCUCUUUCUCCUGAGUACCGCAAGGAGUAACCUAUCAAGCCUUUGCUGAAGGAUGUUAUAAAUGAAAAUUUUUGCCAAUAUUCCAUCCACUUUGCUAACUGGAUUCAGUGAUAUGUGUUCCCCAGGACGGUGUAUUUCAAAGCCUGCAGUUACUAACUGAACACUUAAACUGUACCCAAUUUCUCUGUAAGCACUUAAGCGAUUAAAAAUUGAUAGAGUGGAUGAGAAGCAACACUGUAUGUGUGUGUCUUUGUUAACUUUUGAAUUAUGUGCUUGUAUUUGUGUGCAUUUAUGUCAUAGGCUCGUAACACUGUGCAACCUAAGAAGUGUAAUAGUCUCUUACCACUUACCAAAUAGCAAACUAUCAUAAGUUUCAGUACGAUCAUGAAGAUAACUUAAGAAAAUUCUCAAUUGAAUAAAAUAUAUCUAUAAAGUUAGCUCAUGCAUGUAAUUAACCAAAGCAUAUAUGUGUUUGUGUUCUCCUGUUUGUAGUGAUAUUGAUAGACUGUAGGUUGCUACAGUCAAUAAAACAAAAGGCAGCUUAACUUGCUCUUAUAAAGGAACACAAAUCAUUGGUUCAGUUCCAAAGAGUGAUAAAGGAAUCUAUAAAUUUUGCAUUUACAAGAUCCUGCAACGAAGGCGUUGUAAGUUACUCUUUCUGGGCACCGCAGGUUCGAGCAGCACCGAUGUUAAGGAAAACCGAAACCUGGACAACGUGUCCUGCAAAGACGGGGUGGGAGUGGCUGAGCAGCUCCCCAAUGGCAGCGGCCUGGGCAGUCGAAAGAGGCCCCUGGAAGAAGGAAACAAUGGACACACACACUCAAAGUUCCGGGCCAAGAAGCGCAAGAAAACGCCGGGGCCAGUCCUGCCUAAGAACGCUCUGAUGCAGUUGAAUGAGAUCAAACCUGGUCUACAGUACAAACUGCUGUCUCAGACAGGACCAGUCCAUGCGCCGGUGUUUGUCAUGACUGUUGAGGUCAAUGGACAGAUGUUUGAGGGCAUGGGCCCAACCAAGAAGAAAGCGAAACUGAAUGCAGCUGAGAAAGCACUGCGUUCUUUUGUCCAGUUCCCCAAUGCGUCUGAGGCACACCUGGCUAUGGGUCGAACACUGACAGUGAACACAGACUUUACAUCUGACCAGGCUGACUUUCCAGACAUGCUCUUCAAUGGCUUUGAGACCCCAGCUGCACCUGAAGAAUCCUUCUAUGUAGGCUCCAAUGGUAGCAGCUCUUUAAACUCACUAGGGGAAUACCCACUGCCCACACCACCUGGCAGUAACCUUGCCCAGGCCCCAUUGCCCCCUCCAUCAGCGUUCAGCUCGCCCUCCAGUGGCAAAAACCCAGUCAUGAUCCUCAAUGAGCUCAGGCCAGGCCUCAAAUAUGACUUUGUCUCAGAGAGUGGGGAGAGUCACGCCAAGAAUUUUGUGAUGUCAGUAACAGUGGAUGCACAGACGUUUGAAGGUUCAGGGCGCAACAAGAAGCUGGCUAAAGCCCGGGCAGCGCAGGCCGCCCUCUCAGCUCUCUUCAACAUGCAGCUAGACCAGACGCCAUCGCGACAACCCAUACCGAGAGAGGGAUUGCAGCUCCAUCUACCGCAGGUAAGAGAUCUCCUGUCUGCAUAGAUGUGAUUUCUCUGUGUUAGGUUCAUGUUUUUGCACGGGUUAAAGUUUGACUUGUCAGAAGUCUGUUUUCUGGUCCAAACUUUCCCACCUGUUCAACUUUCCCGUUAGGUUAUCUCUCUAAACCCAUCAGGUGUUCAGGGACCACAAGCAGCUUUUUGCUGUCAGUGCCACAGAAGAAGUCAGUGUAAGAGCCGUGCCGGUGUGUGAAGAGAGAUAAAACAGUCAUUGAAGCUAAUCAGCAGCGCACACUGUCAACAGUCCACUCCCUUAAGCCUCCUUUUUUCUCCUUAACUCCCUCUUUCCACUUACUCACAACCGAUUUCUUCGACAAGCACCCCGUUUUAACGAUAGCGACCCCACUAAUUACUCUAUUCAUUCUCUGUCGCUUGGUAUUUAAUUCCUGCUGCCUGUUUCCAUCUGGCAAGGAGUUAAUGGGGAAAAGUGGUUGGAGUCCACUGUUUCCAGGAAAACAUCGAAACUUUUUUUUAAAUAGUUUGAGUUAUUUUAUCCAUUAAAUCUCAGAAAACAUCUUGAGAGAUGUUGUGGGUAGAAAACAUUAUCUUGUUCACUUCCUGGAUAGGGAAUAUUAUUUUUGUGAUUGGUACCUUCACUUGUAAAGCGCCCGUAUAGAUUAAAGGCCAUUUCUGCACCAUAUGCGACCUUGAAUCGCGAAAGUCAAAUGAUCUGGCUCCGAGCGGGUGACUCUGAAGUGGCAGGGAAGUAAUAUUGGACUAAUCUCUUUAAUUUGUGGUCAUCCAGCCGUCUUCUCUCUCUUGGUUCUCGUCAUUUUCCAUCACAUUAGCAAUGGAUAAAGAGCCAGCGAGAGGAUGUGGCUGUCCAAGAACAAAAGGCGUGUGAAGUUCACUCGAGGCUCGAACGGAGGUUAGACGGGAAUUUCGAACCUGGAGGAACGAAAAUGAACACUUUGUUCGCAUCUGUUGCUCGGCCUCGCGUCUUUGGUUUUUGUGCUUCGUGUGAUUCACAGUCAGAAGGGAGAUGAUAAAUUAUAGCUGUCAUGCCAAACUCAGACAGCGCUGCUUGAAAGACUGUUAGGUAUCCCUCAGGGGGUCAACCCAGUUUCACUUGUUGCCGUUUCAACGCUCCCACUCUUGUUUUGGAGCUGAAUGUGAACGCUGUGACAGGUACAUGGUGCUCCAGGGGAGGAUAACAUCAGACGCGCUUUGUAAGCUGACACAUCUGACACGAGCUCGUGUUUGUGUGGAUGUGUUUUUCUUCCUGCUGUGUGUUUGCGUGCUGUAUCUGUCUGUUUGUGUGUCUGUGUCUGCGUGUGUCUGUGUGUGUGUGUGUGUGUGAUUCCAGGUUCUGGCUGAUGCAGUCUCUCGUCUGGUGGUGGAUAAGUUCAGUGAGCUGACAGACAACUUCACCUCCCCCCAUGCACGUCGGAAAGUCCUAGCAGGGGUUGUCAUGACAACAGGUAGAUUUGGGGUGGAAACGGUGGUUACACUUACAAAAUACAAGACUGGCAGACACCUUUCAAGAUUUUCAGAGAGGAAGAUAAGGUUCAAGGAAGAUCCAGAUUUAGGGUUCAGGGAGUUAAUUGAUAAUAGAAAUCACAGGUUAGUCAAUUUUCUUCUUAUUAGUAUUUUUUUAGAAUUACUAGAUAUGUUUCCAAGAUAAAGACAAGAUGGAUUUUCAUAUUUACUGGUAGGAAGACCAAGAAGAAGAGAGUGUGUGCAAAAGAAUUUCAGUCAAUCAGUGAAACUUUAUUUUUAAAGCACUUUUUAUACAUUAAAUUCAGCACAAAACGCGGUCCAUUCUUGCAGAAUAUUAACAAACAAUGAAGUAAAAUGAAUAAAAAUACAAAAUACCAAACCCCACCCACCCUCCUGACCCCCAUUCAAACUCUGGAUCUAGGACUAAAACGAUGAAACCAUCAUAAAACAUAAUAAAGGUGUUAAAGCGUUAAAAGUUAAUGAAAUAAAACUUGAAAUCAAACAGUAAAAGAAAGUAAAUUAAAAAAAGAGGUAAUAAAACAGAAAAUAGUUACUCUAGGACUAAAAAAGGGUAAAAUCACAUAAUGCAGAUUAAAAGAUUAAAAACCAGACUAAAGGGUAGGUCUUGAGUUUGUAUAAAAAGAAGUUUUUAAUUGUAAAAACUCGACCAGUGGAGGAUCACACUGUACGAUCUUGAAAGCUGCUGUUGCUUCACCAAUGAGAGGGGUGAGCAAGGGAGCAUUCAAGUCCAGAAUCUAACAGCUAGGUAUCAAUUAUUAUUCCAAUUUCUACUUAUUCUGCUUCUAAGGGAUAUUUUUGUUUAAAAGAAAGUAUGUCAGAUAAAAUCUACAGUUUUUGCAUCUUUAAAGUUUUCUAUUUUCCGUAAAAAAAAAAAAAAAAAUCAAAAGUUUUAUAUAAAAUAAAACUAAGAAAAAUAGUUUUUUUUCAGUGGAUUAUGAAAUUAAAAAUAGCUCUAGAAAUUUUGACCAGAAACUUAGAUUUAGAUGUUUUUAUGCAAGUAUUACAGUAAUAAUAGACUCCGCUGUAUCUGUCUAUACAUAUUUUAUCCAACUAUUUAUUUAAUAACUGUACAUAUUCCUACUCUGUCUCCUAAAUAUCUUACUGUUUAUAUUCUUCAACACACCCACAGUUUAAUAGCAUUUUCUCUUUUUCACACCUGCACUAUAUGUACAUACCUUGCACUUUACUACCUUGCACUUCUGGUUAGAUGCUAAACUGCAUUUCGUUGUUCCUGUACUUGUACUGCGUUCAAUGACAAAAAAGUUGAAUCUAAUCUUGAAUCUAAUCUAAUCUAAUAGUUGAAACUUUAAACAGUCUUUAGUGCACUUUGUACCCUCAGUUUACACCUGCGCCUUAUUUAGAGUCGUUGUUGUGCGGCUGUUUCCUGCAGUAACAGGAAAAACUUUUGCACAGGUUGUUAAACCCCGCUCUACGGGGUCAUACCGGGACAACAGCGAGAAGAAUUGGUCUUAAACGUUCGCUAAUUAUCACUCAAGCAGGUGUGAAGUAUGCAAUUUAAGAGUUCACAUCCUUAGACUGAUGUGUCUUUGUUCCCUUUACCCCCCCUGCAGGGACAGAUGUAAAGGAGGCACAGGUCAUUUGUGUCUCCACGGGAACUAAAUGCAUCAACGGUGAGUACAUGAGCGACCGCGGCCUGGCACUCAAUGACUGCCACGCUGAGAUAAUCGCCCGACGCUCACUCAUCAGGUACCUCUACACUCAGCUGGAGUGCUUUCUCAGGUCAGUGGUGGUGGCGAUGCGUUCUCUCUGAGCAAUCUCAAUAUAUGAAUUAUUACUAUUCUGCUGCAUGUAAUUUUAAAUCCAGCUGAUCAAGUCUGAAUAGAGAAUAAUGUACAUAAAUGUUUCCAGCUAUUUUGAGGCCCUGACUUAAAUUUACCUUUAAUUUCACAGCAACAACAAGGAGGACCACCAGAAGUCGAUAUUUGUGCCGUGUGAAAAGGGAGGCUACAGGUUAAAAGACAACGUUCAGUUUCACCUCUACAUCAGCACCUCACCCUGCGGAGACGCCCGGAUCUUCUCCCCUCAUGAGGCCGGAGUAGAAGGUACAGAUUCGUCGCCUCGACUCCUCCGUCGACAUGUUUUUAAUGUGUUCUCAUCUUUGCUCACAAUUCAGUCUCAACAACAAUGUGUUUGUUAUCUAAUGACAUUGGUAGGUUUUCCCUCAUCCUCAUGCUUGGUUUCAUUUAAUUAGAAAUUUUACUGCCACGUCCAAACACGCAUUACAGACACAUUUAAACACGGCUCGAGUAAUUAGAGCUUUUUGUCAUUCGCUGUCUGUCUCUAUCAGUCCUCCCCACCGCCCAGCACACCCACACUGUCUGUCUGAUUAACCUCCCUCUUACUCUUGUCAAAGUGUUUUCCGUCGCACAUGGCAGACUGAAUAGAAAACAGCCACAUUCAAUUAGUCACUGAAUAGAUGGCGCCUGCUGGUGGAGCGGCAGAAAACAUUGAUAACAUUAUCAUAAAUAACUGGACAUGCUUUGUGGGAGACAGUUUUUGAUUUUUUUUCUUUGUGUUUUCAUGUCAAAUUAUAGAUUUAUGGGAAUAUUUGCAUCAUAAUAGAAAUUGCAAAUAAUUACCACAGGUGUCCUAUAUAGUUAUUUAUUUUGCAUUCAAAUUAAUAUAGAAUAAUUUCUUUCGAUAAAGAGUUGAUGUGUGAUUUCUCCUGCCUCAUGAUUGUAUCUUUUUUUAAUUCCCCUCUUCACAUCCAGACCAGGGAGACAGGCAUCCCAACCGGAAAGCACGGGGCCAGUUAAGGACCAAAAUUGAGUCAGGGGAGGGCACCAUCCCAGUGAGGUCAAGCAACACCAUCCAGACCUGGGACGGGGUUCUGCAGGGGGAGAGGUUACUCACCAUGUCCUGCAGUGACAAGAUUGCAAGGUAAUUACAGCUCAUUUAAAGUCAUGAAGAAGAAAUUAGGCAAAGCUAAAAAGAUGUUUGGUGGCUAGUACUAUGGCUGGGACCCUAUAUGUACUGUUGAUGAAGUUAGGUGCUGUUCUGAACAUUAUUUGUGGCUAUAGAGUGGCGUUUUGGUUGAGGUUUGUUUAUGGCUCCUCAGACCGCUGUGUAUUGCUAUUGUGCGGUCGUGAUCAAAGUUGGUAUAACUAGAGAAGCAAGCUGUCGGCAACAUUAAUCUCUCGACGGGGUGUCUAACUCGGUGUUACGGUGUGUUUGACCCUAAAUUAAUUUUACGCCGGAAUAUCCCUAACACCCCAGUAUGUAAGGUCUUCCCUGAAAAAGGCACUGUCAGGAUGGCAGCAUAUGUUGCUUCAAAGCCUGUUUAGAUUGUUAGACAUUCAUACAGACAGAUCUAUAAACAAUCCGUUUACUCUUUAUGGGGAACAGUUUUAACCUGCAUUUGUGGACAUAGUGACCAACCGUCUUCUAAGACUGUUUUGAAGCCUAUGCGGUGAUUCUCACUACAGAGUCAUGUCAUUUUUUAAAACACAGUAUAACUGAACGGUAUCUACUUGAAAACACCUAAACAACAUGGGCUUUCUAACAAUGACAAACUGUGUUCUCAGACUGUUUUUGGAGCCAAUGCUGUGAUUCUCACUACAGUCAUGUCAUUUUUUUCAUGCUAAAGAAGUCUAAGAUUACGGCCAUCCAGUAUCAGUUAUCGGCCUUGUCCCUUUUGCACAAAAUCAUUCAAUAAUGUUAAGUACUAUAGAUGAUGCAAUCCCAAAACUUAAUGCACUGUGGUGUUCAGAAACAUCAUUUUGAAAUCCACACAGUCUCUCACUAACCUCGGACCUGUGGACUUUGUUAGAGCCGCUGGAGUAUCGCCAUGAUCAUGAGACAGAAUAAAACUCAAAGAAACUUCUGUUUUGGCCUCACUUCACCAUUCCUCUAAAGCAGUCUUUGAAGCUGCCUUGAAACUCCACGUAAACAAGUUUCACUCUUCUCUCCUACAUAUAAUCUCACACUCCAGUCAUAAUUUGCUAAAUAGUACACAUAUUUCAUGUCUCAUGAUGCUCUUUCUUAUUUGUUUUAUUUACCCACGCAGCGGUGAAUCUCUGUCAUUUCCAGUCCAUCAUUUUCUUCAGGCGGUGUCAGGGGCAGCCGGAUUGAUGGAUCCUCUUGUCCCUGCAUCAUUUUUCUGCAGGCAGAUCAUAGCGUCUUUAGUCUCUGUCCAUGUUCAAGGCAACACUGUGCCUCCCUUUGUGAUAAACGAUGAAACUUCUCCAUAACUCUUCUCAGAAGCAGCUCUUUUUUUUUCUCCCCUCCCCCGUCUCUUUCUCCUUCUCUGUGCUGGAUCAUAACACUCUGCCUGAAUGAACUGAGUGAUUGACUACCACGCGUGUGUGUGUGUGUGUGUGUGUGUGAUGAGGAUGACGGAGACUGUGUUGCAUUCGCUGUUUGUUUUAUGAAAAGUGUUAUUGCCUUUUCAGCCAGUCAGGGCUGGUACCAGUGAGUCAGAUUUUGUGUUGAUGUCCAAAAGUGAAGCGAUCCAAGUCAGUAGAGGGCAAAAUAGGUUAGUCACAAGGUUUUUUUUUUUUUAAGGCAAAGUUUUUCAAGAUAAAAAGAAAACGAGAAAAGCACUCGGGGAGCGCAGACCCCCACCAAGCAGCUCAUGUCCCCCCUUAUAUUGUGAUUCACACCAAAACUUUUACUGUUACGUGUCUUUUAUUAACGUUUAAACUGGUAUGUUCACUGUUCAUAAUGUUCCUAAAACAAGAAAUACCCUGACUCGAACCCAGGACCUUCUUGUUGUGAGGCAACAGUGCUAACCACUACACCACUCUGCCGCCCAUUGGUUAUCUUUCAGCAUUGAAAAUUCCAACGACACCCUUAUUUUUGUAUGUUCUGGAUCACAGUAUCCAGAUCACCAGGAUCGGAUGUCCGGAUCACCACCAAAAUGUAAUGGGAUCCUCUUGGGGCUGAGACGCACCUCUGGUGAAAAUUUCAGGUCAAUCCGUCUGUUACUUUCUCCGCUAACAGACAAACAAACAAACCAAUGCUACUGAAAACAUAACCUCCUUGGCGGAGGUAAUAACAUGAAAUGUUGACAACAUGAAAGUGGACAAAGUAGUGAGCAUCAAAAACUUUAACUCUUUGUAGCUUAUAGAGGAUUUGCAUUAUCAUUAGAUCAUCUUCAGGGUGAGGAGAACUUCAAGGUCUGCCUGAUGCAGCUAUUAGCCAGGUGAGAGAUCUGCUGCCCACCUGCCCCCGUCCACAUGUGAGUGAUUGUUCGCCGCAGGGCUGCUAUUUAAUACAGCAACUGACUGGCACACUUUGACCGUACCGUAAUGUUCCCCCCUGUACACAUUGUUUUCUCUCCUCUCAUUUUGCUUUGAUUACAUGCCCGGCCCCGCGGCCUUGGCGAGAACAGGCAGUUCCACACCGCAGUGUUUGUCGCUCUCUCUUAUAUUUGAUUGAGCUCAUUAGCAAACAGGCAAAGCACUGGCGGGUUAUUGCUCUCUGUUUGUCCUGUUUCCUUCUGUCUUUAUGUUUUUACAGCUGAUUGCAUGAGCCAUUGGACAUGUUCACUGGCUCUCAUCGCUCACCGAUAUUGAAUGAGAUAACCACGGAGAAGGAAACACACAGAAAUACAGCCGAGUUAGACGAGAAUGAAAUUGAAUGCCUCUGAAAGCAUAACUCAAUAUGUGGGUCCUUGCUUUUGUUUCUUAUGAUAUACUUCAAGAGCGAUCAGAUGUGUUCGUAAUCCUGGUGCUGUGUUGAAAAAUGUUGCUGCUAUACGUUGUGCACGGUACAGAAUAUUAUGUAGCUGUAUUGAGUGCUCGACUGCUCUCAGCUAUGAAAUCAGAGAUUUCAUUUCGUCCUCUCAGUUUCACGCCCACCAUCACACACACUUUGUCUCUCUCUCUCUCUCACAAACACAUGCAGAAUAUUGUAUAUGGAAACAAUGGUCCCUCCGAGCAGCCUCAGGUCCUAUACUUGCAUAUGCAUCAUUAUUUCUGCCCCAUGUUGGUAAUUUCACACACUCUCAAGCAGUCUGCCGAUAGUGAAAGAGGGAAUGAGGAAAUCUCAGUGUGUCGUUGUGAAUCUUUAGGGGUCAUUAAAGUAAAGUUAUGUCGUUUAUUACGACGACAAAUCAAACAAAAGGAAAAAUUCAGCGUCACAGAAAUCCUUCUAGUAUCAACAAAAGAUAAAAACACUGUGCUGUUGUGCUUGUUUGAUUUCUGUAGAUAUUUAUUUUUAGACUACAGGGUUUAUUUCUUUAUAACUGGUUUCUAUUGGGGGGGAGAAAAAAUUCGGUAUAUUAUAUAAGUAUAGCAAUUUUUUGUUUUACAAUUUUUAAAUCCAUUUUUUUGUUCAAAAAUCUUUUUUUUUUACGGACGGUAAGAAAAAAGGUCCUUACACAUCGGGAGACGUUUAGCAAACUGUUGAAGCACACAAACCAUCGUCAUAUGAGAGAUCCGACGCUAUGACUCUCCACAGGUUGUCCUUCAGGUCGUUAUCUUUGUAACGUUUGUGUCUUUUAUUAAAAAUCACUCUGUUCUCCGACACAUAAACAAUCAGCCGGUUGGCCAUGUUGGAUAUACCGGUGAAUCAGACGUCGCAAAAACUUUAGAAAAAUCGACCGUGAUCCGAAAAAAUAAAUGCCGCAAUAUCGCAGGACAGGAAAACGUCGCUGAUCUAAACGCUUACGGGUUCGAAAAAAAAUAUUGACAUCCGAAAUAAUCGCACGAAAAAAACGCUCCCGAUGUGAAAGGACCUUGAAUCUUAAAAAAUGACUAACAUGUGAUGUUUAUUUUUGGGUUCCUGGAAUAGUCAGUAGACAAUCAUAAUCGUUUAACUGUUUCACUGGUGUUGAAAAAUGCAGACUAAAAGUCAAGGAAAUCGACAAUAUUGUAGAAUCACAAUUUGAAUCAAAUCGGCAUCCAAAAUAUCGUAGAAGAAUCGAAUGGGGAAAAAAGCAUAUCGUCCCAGCCCUAGUUUCUAUUGAGUAAGGGCCUGUGUUCUCUAACAGCACCCACAACCUCAGUUUCAGGGCCCUUUACACCAGCACUCUCUGACACUGGGUCCCUUAUUUGGGACCAUUUAAUCUGUUUUAAAAAGCUCCAUAUGCCUCCUAUUUGUUUUAAUUUAACGGAGUUUUACCAUUGAUAAACAAAGACUGCUUUGUCCACAGGGGGCGCCAAAGUUGACACAAACAAAGUUCCUCAUUGGAGCUUUAAGUGAAUUUGACUUAAUACACAAUUCUCCUUUUCAGAAAUGAAUCAAAUCUUAAAGACUAACAUUUGUAAACACUGACUGGGCUCAGAGCCAGCGCGAUGCUAAGUGUGUAGAAAGGUAUCGAAGGACUGGAUUGAUCGGGAGUCUUUGCUUGUUUUGGUCUUUGAAUUUGUUUGCAAACAGAGAAGAAAAAACACGUCCUCACUCUUUAAGUCUUUCAUCUGUGUCCAAGUUUUUCUCUCUUCUCAUUUUUCUUCCAAUAGUCAUUCAUCUUUCUCCUCUCCUCUGUUGUAUCACUCCUCCUCUCCCUCUCUCUCCCUCUCUCUCUCUCUCCAUUGGGCUCUCCUCUCUCUCUCUAUCUACCUCUCUCUUUUGGGGGCAGGCUUCACAGAGCAUGUCAAUGAGAAAAUGACUGGCAAGAGAUGGUUAAUGACACAACAUAGAAAUACACAGAAGUUUGUUGAAAAUGAAAUUGGAUACCUCAGAGUGUGCAGCAGGAUUGUGGGUGAUUUUGUGCGUCGGGUUGCACUGACUUCCAUCUUUCUUGUUAAAAUCUCACUGAAAUGCUCUUUUAAUUGAAGAGUCUGUGUUUUCUAUUUCUAGGUGGAAUGUGGUGGGCAUUCAGGGCUCACUGAUGAGCUACUUCACAGAGCCGAUCUACUUCUCCAGCAUCAUCCUCGGCAGCCUCUACCACGCCGACCACCUGUCCAGGGCCAUGUACCAGCGCAUCGCAGACAUCGAGGACCUGCCUCAGCAGUUCACCCUCAACAGGCCUCUACUCAGCGGUAGGCAAAUAAGACACUAUAUGAUUUUUUUCGCUAAGAGCCUGGUUCUAUUUUGAGGCGAUCUCUGUGUUUAUCUCCAGCUGUCUAAAUAUCAAGAGGAGGAUGCUGAUCCUGAUCAGUAAAUACGUUUAUCCAUCCUCGGUGGUCAGUCCACAGCAGGGAGACACUUUCCUCCUCCGUUCGAUCAAAGCUGACAUUUACCUACUUCUCAUGGAAUUUGAACAGCUCUAUCAUUUCUGUCAUUUUUGAGCAUUUGCUUGACCUUUUACAGAAAAACCAUAUUGACAGUUUUUUUUUCUAUCCUUCUAUUUUUAGAUCUAACUUCCUGUUUUUAACCUUUUUUCAUGCAAUUACAGAGGAGAUAUUAUGCAUAUUUUUCCAGACUCUGUGCUUCCUCUCUGAUUUCUCUUUAACAGCUUUAAUUUCUCACAGUGGUGGAUUUAAACACCCUUAUUUCAGCCUCUGUCUAAAACGCUUCGUCUCUGUUUCUUUAAGGUCAUGUUCUGAGCAGUUUACAUCUAUUUUUCCAGGAUUAUUACAACAUACUUUUACCCUCUGAUUAGAAAUUGUAUGUAAAUCUUGUAGUAUAAUGGUAUUAUCUUGUAGUUUAAUGGACACUAAAUGGUGUAACUUGGCAUGUUUCAUUAUAAAUGUGGAAAAGCAUAAUACCACUCUUUAUAAAAAUCACAGGAUGCUUUAAUAGAACAGGAAAUGUCAGAUUUUUUAAACUUUCUUUACAUAACAUUUGAUUUUUUACUCUAAAAUAGAUUUCUUUUUCUUCCUCUCAUUUCAUCAGAUUUAAAAAUAUUUAUUUUUUUCUAAUUUUCUUACAAUCUCACUCUUUUCCCCUGACUAAAGACGACAUUGACAUCACUUUUAGCACUUUUUUUAUCAUUUAUUUUACCUUGUAAAGGGUUUCGAUUUUAGAUAUUAAUGUUACUGUUCAAUAUAAAUUAAAAUGUUACUAUAAAAUAUAAAUAUAAAGGUUACUUUAAAAAAUAAAUAUGAAGGUAACUAUUAGGUAUAAAUAUAAAUGUUUCUAUAAAAUAUGAAUGUAAAUGUUACUAUUUGUUACAUUAGACUAGAGUUAGCUGAAGGCUAGUUUACUUUUUGCUACAUUAAGCCCUAUUUUUAAUGUAAACAUUAUUGUUCAUUGUAUUGAGAUUCUUUUAUUUAAAUAUUUACUAAGUAUCUCUUUUAUAUGUCUUACUAUGAUUAUACGGCUGAUACUGGGAUCUCAGUACUACUUUCUUUCUUUUCUCUUGCAGACUAGAAUGACAAAUAAAACUCCUUUGAAUCCUCUAUGCACACGUUUCAGUGUUUUUAGCUGAUUUUCUUGCCAUUCAAAUGAAAGUCAAACCUAGCCAAAUAUCUCUAAACAGCUACAUAUACAAUAUGUUAGCUGUCAUGUUAUAUAACCUUCCUCCUGUGUAAGCUUUUACUAUGCACCCACCAUGUAAAGGGUCGGUUUUGACUACGAAGCGUAGAGGUUUCUAGGUUUGCUAAACUUUCACAACCAAGACUAACUGCUAAUGUUAGCCUGACUUCUAACAGCAUCCAGGGUCAAAUUUAUACAGCAGGGAUAGUUUUAUCACUUAUGCAGGUAGUAGGAUAACAAGAAGCCUUGGUGUUAGUUAUAAGAGGUAAAAAGACACACCUACACACUCUGUAAAUGCAGGAAUAUAAAGAGUUUGUAAUGUUGGUUACUGUUGCUAAGCUUGGUAUAGAUCAGAAACAAAUAAAGGUCAGUUCAGCAGCCAAAGUUAACCGGGUUACGUGAUGCUGUGGUCAGUGUUAUAUGUCCUGUGGGAUGACGAGCAGCUAUAUGCAGCUCCUCCUGCUCCUCCCCUCUGGUUGCUCCCUAAAUGGCGGGUAAAGGAGAUAAUGGUAGGAGGUUAUUAACCUUUUCCGCUUUAGAGAGUUUUUAGCGGUGAAGCACUGUGGCGUUAGAGCACUGAGGAUUUCAUCCCCUUUAAAUCAUCUGCUGCCACAAGUGCUGCCAAAUGGAACCAAGGAGCUUAAUACACACACCCACAGACACACACAUUCUCACACACACAUAUAUAUACACAAAGUGCAAGACAUUAGGAUUUAUGGCAUCCAUAUAUCUCCCAGUUAUGCUUCGGAUACAGAGGAGGCCGAUGCCCUGUGGUUUGCUGGAAGAGAGCAGGAUCUGACCUCGAAUUCCCCCCUGGAGGGAUGGUUUUGGUUUCCACUCCAGAGCUGUGGGAGCUGAUGUGAUUUCCAGUGUUUAGCACACCCGUGCCUUGGAGUAGAAGGUGUUGUGUUACUGCGAGAGGAAAAAAAAUCAUCCCUCACUUCGUAUUAUUUUUGAUUCCAGGUAUAAGUAACGCAGAGGCCAGGCAGCCGGGAAAGGCGCCCAACUUCAGCGUGAACUGGACGGUUGGCGACCAGGGUCUGGAGGUGAUCAACGCGACCACGGGAAAGGACGACAUGGGCCGCGCCUCACGCCUCUGCAAACACGCCCUCUACAGCCGCUGGGUGCGCCUACACUCAAAGGUAGAUACGGACGGUCGCUUUUCCCGCAGGCUGUUCCCUGCUGAGUCAUCACCCUUUAAAGUUUUGCUUAAUUAAUCAAGUUUGGAUGUUUUAAGAAUUUGCAAGAGCUGCGAUAUGAUUGAGCUGCAAGAUGUCAAAGCAGAGGUUCGUUUUCUGGCUGGUAGAUUUGAUUUAUGUCACAUUAAGCCGACUGAAGCAAACCUGAAGUUUCAAAAAGCGCUGCUGUUUGAUGGUGCUGAUACCUUUCUCUCUCUCUCUCUCUCUUUCUCUUCAAGUUGUCGUCUAUCUUGUGGGUCAAGAUGCUGAAGCCGAGCACCUACCAUGAAGCCAAGCAGGCAGCCACAGAGUACCACUCUGCCAAACAGGCGCUCAUUAAAGCCUUCCACAAGGCCGGUCUGGGGGCCUGGGUCAAAAAACCCAUCGAGCAAGACCAGUUCACCCACAGCUCCUGA